AUGUAUGAAGACAUACGGGUAUCGAAGGUGACCUGGGACAGCUCUUUCUGUGCUGUCAACCCCAAGUUUUUGGCAAUAAUUGUUGAGUCCAGUGGAGGAGGUGCCUUUAUGGUAUUGCCAUUAGCCAAAGUAAGUCAAAGUGAAACCCCUGCUAUUUUACAAAAUAUUUACCUUAAAGGGGACACUAAGCACCAUUACCACUACAGUCCAUGGGUUUUCAAGAGACUUGACAAACACAUACCAAGGGUCUCCCACAAGCCUGUGGUUCAACUCCUUACUGUAUUGAUAAUGUAGAAAUUACACUUCCAAUUAGAUGACAUCAGUUGGCUGAGAGUGUCGACUCAACCAAUCAGUGCCAUCCAAACUGACAUACACAUUUUGUAACAGAGAGAGAGGACAGGGCUCAAUUCUUAGUUUGUGUCAAACGGUUUACACAGAACCAGUGAAUGUAUUAGUAGUGCUUGUGGUGCAAAGUGUCCCUUUAAUUCCCCAAAACCUUUAACUUUGGUGGAUGGAGUUAGAAUGGAUCAUAUGUUUAUUUUUAUUUAGUGUGUCUGCUCACUAUGUGUGUUAAAGGACCACUCUAGGCACCCAGACCACUUCAGCUUAAUGAAGUGGUCUGGGUGCCAGGUCCUUCUAGGGUUAACCCAUUUUUUCAUAAUUAUAGCAGUUUCAGAGAAACUGCUAUAAUUAUGAAUGGGUUAAGCCUUCCCCCUAAUCCUCUAGUGGCUGUCUCAUUGACAGCCACUAGAGGCGCUUGCGUGCUUCUCACUGUGAUUUUCACAGUGAGAGCACGCCAGCGUCCAUAGGAAAGCAUUGUAAAUGCUUUCCUAUGAGACCGGCUUAAUGCGCGCGCAGCUCUUGCCGCGCGUGCGCAUUCAGCCGGCGGGGCGUAACGGAGGCGGAGAGGAGGAGGAGAGCUCUCCGCCCUGCGCUGGAAAAAGGUAAGUUUUUACCCCUUUACCCCUUCCAGAGCCGGGCGGGAGGGGGUCCCUGAGGGUGGGGGCACCCUCAGGGCACUAUAGUGCCAGGAAAACGAGUAUGUUUUCCUGGCACUAUAGUGGUCCUUUAAAUGAAACUAAUAUCAGAUAUAAUAUCAGAUAUGUAAAACUGAAAGUUAAAACUACGCCUUUUAACAAAUAUUUUCUUACUUGUGUUUAUGUAGAAUUUUGCAGAAGUUAUGUAGUUCUCUGCUUUCUGGAACUAGUAAAAGAACAGUAGUAUAUAAUGUAUAACAAGUCAUCCUGUUUGAUAGGGUAGGCUUUAUAAUACCUGUUGGCAGGUUUUUGUUUUUUUUGUUCCAAUUUAGAUUUAAUUUCAGACUGCAAGUUUGUGAAAGUGUUAGAAAAUAAGGUGAGCGAUAGAACAAAUAUGCAAGAUUAGUCUUAUCUUUUAAGAAAACAAUGUUAGUAGUUACCAAAAUCAAACCAUAUACACAAAAUAAAUAGAUAAUUAUUUAAAGAGGAACUGACACUUCUCUGGAAUGUCAUCAUUGGAGAAAACAUUGAAAACGUGUUUUAACCAUUUUUCAUGAGAUUCGAGAUAAAGAGUUGCUGAUUUCUACAUUUCAUUUUUGACACAUUUCAAGGACAUAUUUUCUAAAAUAUUUAACUUAAUAUUAAAAAUCGCAGGAGUUGACGUUGCCUUUUAGACAAUUUCCACACCAGAACAUACUCUCCUUACAUUUUUGCAGCAGCCAAAAAUGUAUGUUUGACAUAUUUUUAUUACUUUCCAUGCUUCAACAAAAAAAUAUUAUCAGUAAGCUGAGUUUACGGAGAUUUCUUUCAUAAAAAAAAAAAGCUGGAUUUUCACCACUGCAAAAUUCAGUAAUACAAUUCUAUACUUAAGUUUGAAUUUGGAAAGAACCCAAUAUAUGUAGACAGAAAAUAAUAAAAUAGUACCUUCCUUUUCAUAUAAUGGUCAUCCAUCUGAUCUGGUUUCCCAGGUAACCUCCUGGAGACAGAGAAGAAGGAAUCAUUUUUUUUCCUUUUUAAAUAACUCUAAAUAGAGUUACAUUUCUCGCUGGAGAAGACCUCUGCCUGUGAUCAGUAUGCUAAAUAUAUUUCUAAGUGUCUGGUUGUUUGUCCUUCAAGCUGUAUACUGUCAAUGUUCGUUCAGUCACGUCGGCCUAUGCAUUUUUCAACUACAUAUUCAUUGUGACUAUUAGCAGAACUUUGUUAAACCUCAACUAAAGCAAAUACAUUUAUUUUUUUAUGCACAGAAUAGGUUACAAACUCCUAUAGUGGAAGAGAUUCCAUUGAAACAAAAUUAAAGUAAUACUAAAGUGUUAUUCCUAACACUUUUGUGAUUCUGUCUCUAGUCAGAAAGGAUGCCCCCAAUUGUGUUAAAAAAAAAAAAAGCUUACCCUUUUCCAGCGCCAAAAUACCCCUGAUGCUGCCUGCUUACCGCUCCUCCUCAUGCCUCAAGGAGGAGGCAUGACCUCUGCGGCGAUGUUACAAUCCAAAGCUCUAUAUCCACAUCUAAGCUUGUCCAUAGCUUUUCUAUAAGGGCAUCUGCAUCUUGUGACCGGUUAGUGCAGUGGAGACGAUUCUAGUGGCUGUCAGUUUCACAGCCACAAGGGGUGAAUGUAACCCUGCAAUGUAAAGACUGCAAUUUCUGGAAAUCUGCAAUGUUUUGGAUUGCAGGGUUAAAACUAAAGGGCAACUGCACAUAGGCCACUUCAUUGACACUUUAACAGAAUAUUUCUGUAACAAACUACUGGGGUCGUGUUCAGUCCUGGAACACGGCUGCAGUAACAGCUCUCCCUUACACGCACGAUCCACAGAGAUCCUGAGGUUGAGAAUAGGAUUCUGUCGGGUCAGAGCCUGAGGAGGCGGCCAAAUGCUGGCCAGAUAAGGGGCUUGUGUGGGAAGGUGUAGGUGUAACUGGGGAGGAGUGUUAGGAAGGGUGUGGUAAAGGGAGGGGAAGGGUGCUGUGGUGUGUAUAUAUAGGUGAACAUUUCCCCCCCUUACCUCAGCCAUUGUAGAAAUUCCGGCGUGGUAACAGCUUCCCUCCCUCCCUCGGAUGAUGUUUUGUGAGGUUGACUCCUUUUUCCUGUCGCAGCUAGUGGGGAAGGUCCUUGCCAAGAGGGAGGUAACAGGAGCACAUGGGGAAGAAAGAAGGUUGGGGCUGAUCCCUCCCCUAAUCUCUGAUACAUGGUUUGGAUAAAUGGACGUUCCCACUGAACCAAAGGCUGGCUAGUGGUUGGCAUUGUGGUAUGGUAAGGCCACGUUGGUGGUUAGGACGAGGGGGAGGACAGGCCCGAUGAGGAUUAGGGAUUAUCGGACGAAUUGGCAAGGACUAGUUAAAUUAAAUAUUAUAUUAUGUUAAUAUGCUUAGUUAUGGUUAACGAUAUUUGUUCAAGUGUAAAUAAAGCUGUGGCCUAUUUUAUACCACAAUUAUGUCUCAGGUUUUAUUUUAAAGAGGGAGGUUGAAUGGGUUUUUUUGGUGUCUCACUACACGGUACCCACUACCUACACACAAGUGAUGGCAUGGGGGCUUUAAUAAAAAUAAAAUAAAAUCCUAGCAAACGUUUCCAAGAAGAGUCAGGCAGAAAUCCGAGUCAGGUGGUCCAGAAGUCAGGGCAGACAGCACUCCGCAAAAUCCAUAGAGCAGGCAAAGUCAGGAAACCAGCAAAGACAGGAAACACAGGGAAACAAACGCUAGGAGUUCUGAGGCAGGCUACAAAACAGCCAAGCACUGACUGAAAGGUGUGCUCUGCUUAUAAGGGAGUGGCUCAAUCACAUAACCUGGUCUCACCUUUAGGAGGGGUUACCUGAGGUCAAUGUGACUGACUGUGGGACUCAGCCCUAUCUUGGAUGCAUCAUUGUCCUGGCUCCGGCCCUCCGUUGACUUGUCUCCUCAUGCAGCGGCUGUCCUCUUGGAAUGCUGGAACAAUCACUCAGUUUCCUUUCCGUGAAUCAAGGUUCAGUGGAUGCAAACUGGGAUGCACCAACCUCAGGCACUAUAACCGCUGCAGACUGACCUCCAGGGUGUCAUGGACGCCCUGGAACAGGUGAGUAUCGUCUGCAAAUAUGACGAUGUCUUACUAUGCUAUUUUACUUGUACAGAAGCUGAUAGAUAAGAUCCAGCCAAUCAUAAUGCAGGUGUGGGCCAAGUAGAUAUGUUUGGACCAAGUGAAUGCCUCUGUGCUUCUAUUAAGGCCUACGUUUCUCUGGCAUGAUGAAGGACUUGUGGACAUUGAUCAACACUCAGAUCAUCCAUGUUAAAGGAACACUCCAAGCACCAAAGCCAGGACAUUCCUGCCACCAUAACCACUACAGCAUGAUGCAGUGAUCAUGGUACUUCGUGUGUUCCUUUAGAAUAUUUUUGCUGGGAUAUUUGGUUCUAAAUUGGGAAAUAUACCCCUCACCCAUUACUUAAAAGUUUAUAGAUAAUGUGUUAGACAUGGAAUAUGAUAGCUAUAGAUUUGUUGGAUAUUGAAGGUCCAGAAUUAAGGUAAUUGAGCACCUGGGGAUUAGAAUUUGUCCUCUCCAGCCCCCACAAUCUACACAUGAGCAUUGUUGUGUACUCUAGUUUUAUUGUAAGUCUAGGCAGCCCAAAAUAUGUUUUAUGAAACAUGUUUUAUUUAUUUAUUUUUUAAGUCAAUCGGUAUUUUCUUUUAUACCAUUUUUGCUUUUGCAGUUUUUUUUUUCUCCCAUGGAAAGCUUUCACGAGAGACAUUAACAUAUCCCAAGAAAUCUGGGAAAGUUAGCCUCUUGGCUGAAAAGAAACAAAAUUUGUAGCUUUUUUUUUUUUUUAGUCACAUUAAAUUAUGCUCUAUAAAUGGUAAAAUGAUUGUGAUAACUUGUGUUAGAUAAAUAAAAUAAAUUAUAGCCACUCCCUGUAGCUUUACUUUAGUAAUAAGUUAUUUUUAUUGCUUAUUUAUAUAGCACCAACAAAUUCUUCAGUACUAAAUAUAGCAAGUAAAUGGCAAUGCUGAACUCAGUUUGACAACGAAAAUUCCUAAAUGAGCUGACACUGAGGCCCUGAAAUUUUAUCACAAAGAUUUUAUGCAACAAAUUACUCAUUUAGAAUCGAGCUUUAAAGGGGCCACUCCAGGCUGGAACUGUUCCUUUCUUUUUAAUGGAUAUAUAGAGAAUUAAAAAAAUAUAUAAAUGCUAAAAGCAGCUCUGUCACCCCUAUAUCAAAAACACUCAAACUGACUGUGUUGGAAUAUCACUGAAAUUCUAACCCAGUCAAAAGAAAUACUUAGACAAGGUAGAGACUACUUUGUCUCCGUAUUUUUCAAGCAUCCAUGGUAAAAUCCAUUUUAUCGUCCAAACAAGUGUAUUGAGUUCGGCUGGGGCUUUGGGAAGUAUGAUUUUAGUCUAGUCCGCACAUCACAAACCGUUCUAUUAACUACAGUCCGAAUGAUCCGGUGUCAUAUGAAACUACCUAUGUGCAAAAUCCGGACUUUGUUUUGAAUAUUUAAUGAAAUCUAAGCUUUGCAAACCAGGCACUGAAUGAGUUUGACUUGAAUUCGGGUACCAGUGCUUGCUAGUAAGACUCCACAGUAAAAAAUAAAAUAAAAAACAAAAAGCUGUUAACACUUUCACCUUUUCCAGAAGCCCCAUAGUCCAUUAAAAUGUCUCAGUGGUCAAUAUGACCCCCAUCUAACUAUAGGGAGGUUUAAAACCUAUGUCUACUAAAUGUGCAGCUAUAACAAGUGGGCAGCAUGUAUAACCCUAUCUAAUCUAGUCUGGGGUUUAUCUGUGAUCCAUCAGCUGUUGAUUCAUUAGCAAAUGGUUUGACUACUUACAUUAGGGGGGCACCAGUGCACUCUUGGAUCCAUAACCACUACAGUACACUGUAGUGGUUAUGGUACUUGGAGCAUUCCUUUAAUGAUCGCUGCCACUAAGAUGGUGGGUAUGGACUGACUUAUAGAUAUUAUUUUUUUCUACCAGUUGAGAAGUUAGUUCUACCGUCCGUCACAGAGCCAAGGAUUUAUACUCUCUACUUGUCUUAUAGGUUGUUUUCUUACUUGCUAUUAUACUGUAGUGGGAAUUUUUUUUUUUUUUUUUUUACUAAAUUGCUUUUUGGGGUGGGUUAACUCACUUUGAAGCAGGGUUAUUAACUUUCAAGAAAAUAAAAAUAGGAAGACCAAAUAUCUUCAAGUACAUGUACUAAAUGAAGUUAUUAAAAUAGUCUUUGUGACCCAUACAUCGAUCCUAUUUACUCUGUUUGGAAUUAAUAAUCUAAGCAUUUUUUUUGGUAGAUUUAUACUAAAUAUAUUGACUACCAAAAAAGGUCAAUUUGUAAUGUCAUGCCUUUUUGUUUUGUUUUCUAGUUUUUGUGUUAUUUUACAGUAAUCUCAUGCCUGCUUUGUACCGAGACAACUAUUUAUAAUGAUUCCUUAAUGACAAGAUAUUUGGCAUCUAACAUUGUAUACGACUGCCUGUCAAAUCUUCUCUUGUUAAGGGGUUAACGCUUAAACUGCGCAGUUCAGUGCUGAAGUUACAAUGUGGUUGCUAUGCUAAUGUGCCAAAAGGGCCUGUCCUCUUAGGGAAGGGGUUAUGGUAAAUAAAUGUGUUUUGGAAGCAGCUGAUAGGAUGAAAGGUUGAAAGGGCAAGUCAAUAUGAUUAUAUACUGCUCUUCCAAAUGCAAGGCUGUAUUUGGUUUUAAUAGUUGUCGCACAUUAACUCCUCGGGCUUGGGCCGUGCCCUUGACCUGUCCCAUCGUUCUCAUUCCUUCACUCCUGUUCCAGAGAAGGAAUGGCGAGGGUCCCUGCAGAGAGAGGUAUGUGGUUUGCAGCAGUUGUCUGCUGAUCCAGUACUUCCAAUAAGAAUGACCUCAUGCAGCAAACAAUAGAAGUGUCUCAGGAAGUCCUCAGAGGACCACAAUUCGAGUGCUCAGUUUUUCCAGAGGUUACACUAUGGAGAUUUGUUUGUUUUUGUUCAAUUUAUUGCUCGUACGGCUCCACCCAACAAAGCCCCUCCAUGUCCUGAAACAUUUUCCGUCAAUAGUGACACUCUGUCUUCCUCUUUCCUCUUGUUAUUCGUUUGACCCUCUUUGUCCCUGUUGCUGUGAUUUUUUUUUUUUGAUUUUUUUUUUUUCUGUCUUAUGUAGGGAUAUUCCAAGCUGACUUUUGUCACUGUUGUUAGAAAGAAGAUAGAAAAAACACUAAAUGCAGAAAUAAUGUUACAUUUAAUAGAUUUAAAAAAAAAUCUUCCUAAUUACAAACCUUUAAGCAAAAUCCAAAACAUUUAAUUCAACAUUGGAAGUGGGGUUUUACUUAAUAAAUCCUUAUGACCGUGUGUUCUAUAGUUUGUUGGUGACUUUUAAAAGCAGUUGGUCGCCUGGGAGUUUUUUUUUUUUUUUUUAAAUUCUUUAUUUUAUUUGACAAAGUAUUAUAGAACAAGGCAAGAUGUUCCGGUUUAAGCAUAUACCGUGGUCAAGUAUAACAUAACAUAUUACAGUAUAGGCAUACAGUUGAUAAGCGUGGUAGACAUCAGAUGCUACAAUAAGUGCCUGUAGCACAGGACUCUUUAUUAGGGGGCUUGGACAUCACUUUUGUGCUGUCGAUUUUUUUAUUGUAUAUUGAGUCAGUUACAGGUGGCCAGAGCGUGAAGGUGGGUUUCUGUAGGCAUUCGGUGGUGCCUAUCCUAGCGCUAUUGGAGGGUUUCAGGGUACCGUUGGGCGAUGAGAUAUCUCUUAAUGAUGCUGUGGAGUCUCCAACUAUGUUAGAUACAGGUGACGGCCCUUCUGACUUGUUCCAGCUGCAAAUUGUCCCCUGUAUUGUGGAGCCCGCGUUCAACUCCUGCUUUGUACUAGAUACAACUGAAAUACACUUUGGCCUGACUGGGCCCCCCUCCACUCCCUGGCGCCUACCUGCCUGGCGUGUGAAUUCGUGCGUGUUUGCGCUGAUAGUUCGCUUCAGUGUGCUAUCAUUGCCUGCGUGUGCUUAAUGUGUAUAUUGUAUCAAGCGGGCCCUCGUCUAAGGCGAGGACCCGGGUAAGAAGAUAAGAGAAAGGUAGAGUGAAGAUAGAAAGGAGGGUGGGGGGGUGGGUGGACCAGGCGCCCGGGCAGGCGGGGGGAGCCCAAGGGGACGGGGGGGGGGGAAGAAGGAGGCGGGGAGAGGGCGGCGGGAAGGGGGGAGGGCACCAAGCAGACUAGCAUCUUCCACCUCUCGGACCCCCCGGGCCGCGGCCCCGCCAAGCGCAAGGACGGUUACUCCGCCAGGGGGCAGUCCUUCCAGCGUCCCCACGUCCUUUCGAAAGCCUUUUGAGUACUGCGCACCCUUGCUGUGAGGUCGUCCAUUAGGCAACUAUCUUUUAUUCUCCCCAGGAUCGCUGCCCUGGUGGGGGGCUGCAUUUUUAACCAUCGUUGUGCGAGGGCUCGUCUGGCCGCCAAUGUGAUUUUGUUGAAUAGUUUUAGGUCAUAUUUGGGCCAUUCGUCAAUUGGUCUGCCCAGGAGGUAUGUCCACGGGUCAAGGGCGGGUGCCCUCUGGAAUACCUGUCGCCUGGGAGUUUUUAAAUUGAUUACUGAGGAGAAAGACUAUACAAUUAUUGCAAAUAUGUAACUCUGCCAACCAGCGCCAAUUCAUGGAGUAUGUAUCCAUGUAACAUAUCUUGCAGGAUUUUUUUCCCUGGAAGGUGAGGGGGGAUCAUUGAGCUCUGGAAACACUUUGGUCUAAGUGGUGGUACUGGUGUAAUCAUUUACUGCCCCUUUAAAACAUAUUGAAACAAACAAAUUCAAAUAAAAGGUUGAGCAGGUGCUCUUAGUUGUUCCCGGCAAAAACAUAUUUUAUCCCUUCAGUAUACAUGAUUGACUUCAUUUUGUAUAGCAAAAUAAAAAGUAUACCAAGACUCACUCCCUCCCUCCUCCCCCCCCCCCCAAUCCAUUGCUGCUGCUCACUGGGCUGGAAACCACAUUUCUCACCCAGAGCUCUGGAUAGUUCCUCGGUCUCACAUCUUCACAUGGUGAGACUGUAAAUGAAGUCACAGUUACUGUAGGCCGUAAACAAUAUUAUGGUGCUUCUACUCUAAUUUUCAGAAUCUUUAUUUCAAUGCACGAACAAGGGAAUCAAUUCUUUCUUUACAUUUACUUAAAGGAUCACAGUAGGAUCAGGAACACAAACAUGUAUUCCUGACCCUAUAGUGUUAAAACCACCAUCUAGCCCCUCAUGCCUCCAUAAAUCUAGCAAAAUCUUACUGUAUUCAAGCCUGAAGCUGUAGCUCUGCAUGCUGUCUGCCUCAGAAAAACAAACAGUCCGCUGAUAUCAUCAGAAGUGGUAGCCUGAUCCAAUCACAAUGCUUGCCCAUAGGAUUGGCUGAGACUGACAAAGAGGCAGAUCAGGGGCAGAGCCAGCAUGAUUCAAACACAGCCCUGGCCAAUCAGCAUCUCCUCAUAGAGAUGAAUUGAAUCAAUGAAUCUCUGAGGAAAGUUCAGUGUCUGUAUGUAGAGGGAGGGGACACAAUGAUUGGAUGCAUUUUAGGCAGCCAUGACCCAGGAAGGAUCUGUAACAGCCAUCUGAGUGGCCAGUGAAGUUAUCACUAGGCUGUAAUGUAAACACUACAUUUUCUCUGAAAAGACAGUGUUUACAGCAAAAAGCCUGAAGGUAAUGAUUCUACUCACCAGAACAAAUUCAAUAAGCUGUAGUUGUUCUGAUGACUAUAGUGUCCCUUUAAUUUACACUGUUUAGGUAUCCUUAAUUACAGUCUAUAGACUUUUAGUUUUUUAACAAAAGUAGCUGGUGAAGGCUUUAAAAAAAAAAAAAAUAGAAUAGUUGUGCCACUUAGUUAAAAGCACUUAAAUUGCCCAUCCAAAUCCACUUAUUUCUCUUUAAAAGAUGAGGUCUGAGAAUGGGUAUAUCAAGAGAUAACUGGCACAUGCACCUCAAUACUAGGCGGUAAAAGGAAGCCAUACCACAAGAAGAGAAAGUAUGAGUUGGGUCGUCCCGCUUCCACCACAAAUAUCAGUCCUGGUGUAUCCAUACUGUGAGAGUUUGCUGUGGUAACAAGAAGUAUUGUGUUUCGAAAUUGGGUGCUGGUAACUUCUCCUGGGGUUCUAAGUGUUUGACAUGCAAAACCAGAAUUAUUGAUGUUGUGUACAAUGCUUCCAACAAAGAACUUGUCCAUACCAAGACACCUGUGAAAAACUGCAUUGUCCUGGUGGACAGCAUCCCCUACAGACAGUGAUAUGGAGCUCACUAUGCCUUGCCGCUUGGACGUAAGAAGGGAGCCAAACUUAUUCCUGAAGAAGAAGAAACCCUGAAUAAAAAAGAUCCCAAAAAUCUCAGAGGAAAAAUGAUGAGCAAAAGAACACUGCCCAGAUCAGCCCUCUUUACUGCUAGCCUUCAUAGCAUCCUGACCUGGUCAGUGCUGUAGAGCUGCAAUUUUACUUUUGGAAUAUAAAGGGCAUAUAAACACGUAGGCAAAACCCAUUUACUUCAAAUAAAAUUUUUUUUUUUAUUAAAACCAAACAAAAUAAAAAAGAUGUUUUUUACAGUGAGAAUCGCGGAAGCGGCCUCUAGUGGCUGUCAGUGAGACAGCCACUAGAGGCUGGAUUAACCCUCAGUGUAAACUAUGUUUUCAGCUGCAGGGUUAAAACUAGAGGGACCUGGCACCCAGACCACUUCAUUGAGCUGAAGUGGUCUGGGUGCCUAUAGUGGUCCUUUAAGCCUCUGCAGAGGUAUGAUACAUAGAUAUUUAGUCUUCUUAUUCACAGAGAUUACUGAUCACAUAAGUCAUCAACUGCAUUUACAGCAAGGUCAAAGCAGGAAUAAGUAUAUAUUUUCAAUAUAAAUUGUUCUGUUAUAAAGAUCUACUUUCAAUCACUUAUGUUUAAUUUAUAGGCAAUGUGACUAUGGACUAUUAAUAUGCAUGAAAUGUGUGUAUUUUCUACUAAGGAAUAAUACACAAAAACCUACUAUAGUCGUUGUAUCCAUGUUAUAUAUCCUCUAAGCAAUUUGUUUUAUUACCCAAUUACACAUUUGUAAUAAACUGAACAUGGUUAAGCAUUUUAGAGACUUUUUUUUUUUACAGGUUGCAAGGGAGAAUAUAUCUAUCUUCAACCCAUGUAAUACAACACACAAUCGUGUUUUUAGCAUUUGCAUGCUUGGCUUCUUUUUCCUUGUAUAAUGAAUGUGGUUUUUUUUGUUUUUUUUAAAUCUUGCAGACAGGACGUGUUGAUAAGAACCACCCCAUGGUCAGCGGGCAUACAGCUCCUGUACUAGAUAUCGACUGGUGUCCCCAUAAUGACAAUGUCAUUGCAAGUGCCUCAGAUGACACCACUGUUAUGGUAAGUGUUUCGUAACUUUUUGCGGUUUCUGUAAGUGUCCAAAAUGAAUUGAUUUUGUUUGUCACUCUCCACCCAAUUUUGAGCUGUCAAUGUCUAGAUCAUGUGAUUAACGAUAAAUGACUGAAGUAAAGCCUCUUUUUAAAACUCUAGUUACUACAACCAUAUUAUCUCACCGAAUUGAUUGUAGCUCCUGAAGUCAUCUGUCACUCCAUGCAGUGUUAAACCAAGUUCGAGCAGUAACACUGAAUGAGAGAUUCUGACCCCCACUGAAGGUAUGGCUAAGGCAAAUAAUAUACUAUUCCUUCCAGCUAUACCAAUUCACACACACAGUAUGCGCAGUGUUAUUCAGAAAGGAGUUAGCGGACAUUCUUAGCCAAUCACUGCUUCCCAUUGCUCUGCCUUUUGCUCCCUUACAGACUGCUUGCGGGGGAACUCGUUUAGCAUUAACCCAUUACUAAAUGGGUUAACACUGAAUGGAAGGGCAGAGGAGAUAAUAAUAUAUCUUUAUCAGGAUUAAGAGGUUACUGUACUUCAGUAACAUUUCAAGUCGAUAAUGAUUUCUAACUUCGACUGCAUUACCAAGAGAAAUAAUUUGUGAUUUGGAUUGUGAUUUCACUGGAAACGCUCACGUACUACUAUCAGCAGUCGAAAGAGUUAUUGAUUUAAUACUGAAUUUAGAUAUUUGUUAAGGCUGACUCUUUCCCAAGGACCACUAUUAAGAGAGUUGGAUAGCCUCUGCCAUGGCAAGAUGCUGUGAAUAUAACAUCCUUAGAUUAAUUGGGCAGAAGGCCAAUUCAGGAAAAUUGGUUGCUGUGUUCUGGUGUUCAAUUAUUUGUGCAUGACAUUUUCAAUCAAAGAAUGUAAAUCCAGUCAGUGACCAGGGAGUGCGCGGAAGUGAAUAAAUGAAUUGCUUCUCCCUGCUGCUAGCCAAGAAGUCAAGGGGCCAUUCUUAAAGGGACACUAUAGUCACCUGAACAACCUUAGCUUAAUGAAGCGGUUUUGGUGUAUAGAACAACCCCCUGCAGCCUCACUACUCAAUCCUCUGCCAUUUAGGACUUAAAUCCCUUUGUUUAUGAACCCUAGUCACACCUCUCUGCAUGUGACUUGCACAGCCUUCCAUAAACACUUCCUGUAAAGAGAGCCCUAUUUAGGCUUUCUUUAUUGCAAGUUCUGUUUUAUUAAGAUUUUCUUAUCCCCUACUAUGUUAAUAGCUUGCUAGACCCUGCAAGAGCCUCCUGUAUGUGAUUAAAGUUCAAUUUAGAGAUUGGGAUACAAUUAUUUAAGGUAAAUUACAUCUGUUUGAAAGUGAAACCAGUUUUUAUUUUCAUGCAGACUCUGUCAAUCAUAGCCAGGGGAGGUGUGGCUAGGGCUGCAUAAACAGAAACAAAGUGAUUUAACUCCUAAAUGACAGUGAAUUGAGCAGUGAAAUUGCAGGGGAAUGAUCUAUACACUAAAACUGCUUUAUUUAGCUAAAGUCAUUUAGGUGACAAUAGUGUGCAAUUAUAAAAUAUUCUUUCAAUAAGUUGCAAUCCUGUUAGUGCAGACCCAUUAUACCAUUUCUAGAAUUUUCAGCUUUUUUAGCUUAUCAGCUUAUCACUUUAGCUACUUUUCCCUAAUUUAUACCCCUUUGCCUUAUUCCUCCAACUUUUCCAAUUUUGUUUUCAUAUUUCUUUAUUUUGCACCUAUUGUCUUAUUUCCCUGAUUCAUCCCUCCAAUGUCAUAUUAUUACAUUUUCCCCACUAAUGCCAUAGUCUCCAGUUCAUUCCUUAUUAUAAUGUUUUAGAAAUGUAUUGUCCUACUAUUCUGAUUCACUCCCGUUUCCAUAUACUCGUCAAUUCUUUUGUUGUAAUCUUCCCCAAAUUGCCCCCUCACCCACUCCUUAUUGGUAUGUGGUACACAUGUGACACACACAAACUAAGAGGCAGUGCGUGUGGUGGCCUGUUAAUGUAAUGUGUGGGUUUGGAACACCAUGUGCCUUCCCUCGUCGUAAUAUGCCGCAUAACGUGAGGAAUCCAGUUUGUGUGGCUAGAUAAAGUUGCAAGAUAAAGAGAUGUGUAUUUCUACAUUUAAAUUUAUUUUUCACACCUCAAACAUACAAAUUUACUGAAUAUAUGAAAUAAGUACACAUAAUAAAAAUACUGGGACAGUUCCCCUUCAAGCAUAAAGAACUGGUCAGUGGAGGGGGUUUGCCAAAAUAUGCAUCUGGCAGAAAAAUGUGCACAAAUCUGAUAAUGCUACAAUCCUCUGACCAUUGAACACAGUAUGGUAUUCACUGUUUAGUGAAUACAUCUUUAAAUGUUCAUUUCAUUUUAUCUGUUCAUGUAUUAUCCAUUAGUGUUUUAAAAAGUGCAGAAUGAAAAUGUAACUAGAAAUCUGUUGGGAAUGUACAUUACUCUGGAGUUACGUCUGAGUUAUAUAUAGAACACCCAGCCAUAUGUCCACGGAGUGGGUUCUUAUUUAAAGCGUGAACUGUGGAGGGUUAAUGACGUGUAAAGUGAAAUGUAAGCCAAGAUAUUACAUUUGUAAAAAAAAAAAUAUUAAAAAAAAAUUAUUGGUAUAAAUGGCCAAAGUUUGCAAGGCAAUCUGGGAUUUUCCACAACUUGCUGGUUAGUGAAUAACCCCCUGUUUUUUGGAUCUCACGCUGUGAUACAGCAUUUAGUUCUAAUUUUAUACCUCCGUCACUGAGGGCCAGGGAAGCUGCUAAUCAGAUGCUAAAAACAGAGGCAGCCUUGUGACGAGGGUGGGGGGUUUCCAACAAGCUGAUAUUCAGCCAUCGGCACACUCUGAUGUCAGUUUGGCUUUUUAUUCUUUUUUAUGAGCCAGGAAAUGUGGCGUUCCUUUUGUUCCAUUUCUUGAGAACAGCUUUGGGGCUAUGGCCAGUGGAAUAUUGUAUGUGUAAAUUUUAAAUGCACCCAUCUCAUGUGCCGCAUGUAUCAGAACACCAGAGCACUCUGUGACAUGAGAAGGGAGGAGGCCAAAACAUCAUGGGUGUAACUGAGGCUUGCCUCAUCCUGUGCAUUUCAAUACUGUUGCCAUCUAUAUCACAAUGCCCUGUGUUAUUACUGUGUCAAUGUAUCUAACUAAAAACAUUACAUGUAAACUAUUUUCUGCAACCAGAACUUAAAGGAACACGAUACCAAAACAAUAUUGGAUUAAUGAAGCAGUUUUGGUUUAUACAUUAUGCCCCUGCUGUCUCACUGUAAAAUUAUCUGCCAUUUAGGAGUUAAAUCACUUUGUUUAUGCAGUGCUAGACACACCUCCCUGCAGGUAACUUGCACAGCCUUGCUAAACACUUCCUGGAAAGAGUCAUCUCACGUUUAUACUUUCUUUAUUGAUAAUUAUGUUUAAUUUAGAAUGUCUUAUUUCCUGCUAGCAUAGCAUUCAGGACCCUGCAGGAACUUCCUGUGUGUGAUUAAAGUUCAAUUUACAGAUCAGGAGAUAUAAACAUUUGAUUUAAAAUGCAGGCUGUGUGAGUCUAUAGUAUCCCUUUAAAUAUUUACUGUUCUUUGGGUUAUAACAAAUUUGGACAACAGAUUCAGCUGCCCACCUCUAUCCCAAAUAAAUAAUGGAAAACCUAUUGGGUAGCAAGCAGUAUAAUAAGGGUUUAAUUAAAACCUUAUCUAGUGCUUUUACAAGUUAUUUUAAAGUAUUGCACCAACCCAUUUUAUUAAAUAAAUAUGAACUUACAAGGUUAUUCAUAAAUGCGGAGAAUUUAAAGUGAAUAUCAAAUUGAAGGCCAAAGUAGCCGAACUGAUCGCAUAGUUGACUUGGAGAAUUUUCCUGAUUCAGCUUUUUUGACCUUAAAUUUGAAAUUCACUUUGAUUUCCCUGAAUUUCACACUUUAGCAAAUAACCCAGUAUGGGUGUAGGUAAGGGGGGACCCAUAACAGUUUGUGCACAGUAUCAGGGGAUGUACUAACAACAACCAAAGAGCAGGGUAGGAAGCAGAGACACUGGAGACUGUUUGAUAGCCAUAGUCUUGUAAUAGGUUUUAACAAACACUUGGAACCUCCAACCCACCUAAUCUUAAAGGGACACUCCAGGCACCCAGACCACUUCUGCCCAUUGGAGUGGUCUUGGUUGCCAACUCCCAUCACCCUUAACCCUGCAAGUGUAAUUAUUAAAUCAGACAGCCACUAGAGGGACUUCUGGGUUCCUAAAAGACAAAAAGUGUUUUAAACAACGCUGGACAACCUCACGCUAUGCUUGAGGACCUCCAGCAUCGCCAGAAACCCCAUAGGAAAGCAUUGAUGUCGGCAAGGGAGGAGCGUGGGCAGUUUCAGGUAAGUCACUAAAGGGGUUUAAACCCCUUCAGCAACAUGGAAUGGGGGAGGAAGGGGGAACUGCAGACUUCUGCAGUGCCAGGAAAAUUGAUUUGUUUUCCUGGCACUGGAGAGUCCCUUUAAGGGCAGCCAAAGAGUGCUGUGUGGAAUCCUUGGACAUUUAUGGUUUCAAAUAUAGGCAGAAAGGAAUGGUCCAUUUUAAAGGAACACUUUAAAAUAUCCCCUAUUUCUUACUUUAUAAAAGUGAUAAUUUCAAGAAAAUGACAGCCGGGAGAGUGCUAGUAGUGACAUCUUUGUGCUCAAGCAAAAAACGGAUGCUAGGCUUAUCAUGUUCUUUGCCUUCUAAUGCAUCACUUCUAUUUGUUCUUUUCAUGGCAAUCCGUGUCCACAUGUUCCAUCAGUGGAAACACAAGUUUGUCAGCGUUGAUUGUCAUCGUUAAUGACUACAAUGGCAUCUCCCGUCACUAGCAAAGAAGACUGAGAUAAGUAAUUACAGACAAUUUUGUGACCAGUAGUAAAUGAAUCCUCAUUGAUUCCAAUGGAAAUUGCUAAAGAAAUAAAAAUGCAAGUUCCAAUCAAAUAAAAUACCUACCCUUGUGGUCUUGUUGGACUGUGCUCAUGUAUUGAUUAGAACUACACUCACUUGUACAUGAUUAUUGUGCCUCCAUGUACAAUUGUUAUAUGCAGGGCUGCCAUCCGAAAUUUUAGGGCCCCUGACGCAGCUCAAUAUCUGGCCCCGAGUCCGCCCACAAGGAUGAAGUGUGUGUGUGUGUGUGUGUGUGUGUGUGUGUAUAGUGGAUGUGUGUCAUGGAUGCAGUAUGUAGUGGAUGUGGUAUGUGUGUCAUGGAUGCACUGUGUAUAGUGGAUGUAGGAUGUGUGUAGUGGAUGUGGUAUGUGUGUCAUGGAUGCACUGUGUAUAGUGGAUGUAGAAUGUACAUUUUGUGUAAUAUCUGUAUGCAUGCAUUAGAUGCACAGUUUGUGUACAGUGAAUGCAGUGUGUGUGUUUUUGUAGUGGAUGUAGUGUGUAUAGUGCAUGUAGUGUGAUUGUAUAGUGAAUGUAGUGUGUCUGCAGCGAGUGCAAAGUAUGUAUAGUGAUUGUAGUGAAUACAAAAUGUAGAUAGUGAAUGUAGUGUGAUUGUAGUGAAUGCAAAAUGUGUAUAGUGAAUGUAGUGUAAUUGUGGUGAAUGCAGAGUGUGUGUGUAUAGUGAAAUAUGAUAUUAAACCGUAUGUUGGUGGUGAAUCCCUGAUAGACGAAAUAUAAUAUAGUACCCUGAUAUUAGUCGUCCGACUAAUAUGACGUGAACCGGUUACUGUCUUAUUGUUUAUCCUCAUUUUCUCAAACCCUGGUUUUAAAGCAAACUUAUAUCACUGCAUGCAUUCCCAGAAUUCUGUAUGACUGUUCCAGAGAAGGAAAUAAAUAUUACUCAGACACAAUCACUGUAUUUCAUAUUCUAGUGACAUCUAAGAUGUUAUCUGAGUGUCCCACAAUGAGCACUGAUUCCCGGCACUGCUGCCAGCUGUAUACUGGCUAUUGUUGGACAACCAGCCUGUCUGGGCAACUAUUUUAAGUGUGCUGAUUGUGAUUCAUAUUUACCAGAGGCUGUAUAAUGACAUCUUAAGUGAUUCUCUUUUCCUGAACAGCUUUGCUGCUAUUGUUUCCAGUUAACAAAAUUUAUUGCACUGUUUGUCUGCUGUUACGGUAUUCGUCUGUCUUGCGGCUGCCUGUAUGCACAUAUUUUCUCUACGCAUUUCAUGUUUUAAAGGUUUUAACAAUGACCACUCUAGUAAAACAAUGUAUUUUCGUAUGGUCUGUUAUUUUGGAUAAAUUAAUAAACUAUGAAGACCUUUUUCCAUUUGUUUAUUAUUUCAUCAUCCUUUUAGAUAGUAAACUCUAUGGGCAGUGCCCUUUUCACCUACUGUCGUAUAUGUUUUGUUAGAAAUACACGUUUGCCUUGUUUCCUAUUAUACAGUGUUGCUGUAUAUGCUGGCACUAUAUAAGUAAUUUAGACAGCUGAAUUAAUACAAUUAGGUGUAUGGAAAGAUAUACUUUUGGGAGCUUCACAAUAAAAAAUAAUUACCUGGAAACACUACCAGAUUAGUUACUGAUCUCAGCAUCUUCUAAUACUUGAGUAUAAUAAAAACCAAAUGAAAAAAAGUUACUUGCUCACUAUCCUAAAUCCCUGUGCACAUGGAAAUAACUGGAGACUUUUAGUAUCACUCCAAUGGCCCUUCAAGUGUAAACUCACCUGUCAUGUCAAGGCAAAACCUUAGGUGAGUCCUACACUAACAAUUCACCUUUUGAUUUCAGACGAAAAGGAAAAAUCUGAGACAGAAAGGGGUAUUUUUCCAUGGGGUGGUUGGCAUAACUGUAGUGUAUUGCCCAGGGUGGCCCAAGAUAUUGUGCUGCCUGGAUCCAAGUAUGAAAAGCUGCUCCUUCCCCACCAAAAAACAAACAAACAAACAAGCAUAUAUGCUUCUGCAAUGGUAGUAUAUCUAUGUGGGUGUGCUGGAAGUGAAGUGUGUGCAUGUGUGUACUGGGGAUGUAGUAUGUGUCUUUGUGUGUUCUGGGGGUGUUGCUUGUGUCUGUGUGUGCACUGCAGCCAGGGCCGGCCUUAGGGGUGUGCGAGCUGUGCGGCCGCACAGGGCGCCAUGGUCCAGGGGGCGGCCUGACAGCCGACACAGCUCGCACAUGGCUGGUGUCAGGGGAGCUAAAUCAGGUACCUGGAUGGAGGAUUAAUUAUUCUCCACCUGGGUCUAUAAAAAACAAAACAAAAUCGAGGCAGCGACGGGGUCGGGGCUUAUCAAGCGUCACCUUCGGGUAGAUAAUACCUACCCGAAGCUGCACAGGAAGGGGGAAGCAGGAAGGCAUCCCUGCUUCCCCAACAACCAACUGCAUCCACUACCCCUUCCAGCCACAAUGGAAAGAGGUAAGUCUGUGUGUGUGUGUGACUGCCUGCAUGUGUGUUACUGUUUGCCUGUUCAUGUGUCUGCCUGCCUGUGUGUGUAUGUGUGUGAGACUGUCUGUCUGUAUGACUGCCUGCCCGUGUGUGUGUGACUGUAUGUCUGUGUCUGUCUGCCUGUGUCUGCCUACCUGUGUGUGUGUGUGUGACUGUCUGCCUGUGUGCCUGCCUGUGUGUGUGUGACUGUCUGACUGCCUCCCUGUGUGUGUGACUCCAAUUGUGUGUGUGUCGCUGUAGCUGUGCUGUUGUGUGUGCCUGUUCCUGUAUGUGUGACAAUCUGCCUUUAACUGAGUGUGUGUAUGCCUAUCAUCAUGAGUGUCUGCAUGCCUGUAACAGAGUGUGUAUGACUGUCUGCUUGUAAUGGAGUAUGUGUGACUGUCUGUCUGUAACUGUAUGUGACUGUCUGCUUUUAACUGUGUGUUUGGCUCUGUGACUGUCUGUAACUGUGUGUGUGUGUUUGAGACUGCCUGUAACGGAGUGUGUCUGUCUGCUUGUAACUGUUUGUGUGACUGUCUGCUUGUGCCUGUGUGUGACUGUAUACAGGCAAUUUGGUGGGGGGAGGUGGGAGCGCCGUGAAGACUUUUCGCACAGGGUGCCUAAUGGCCUAAGGUCGGCCCUGACUGCAGCCAAUACACUACCAAUAUUAUUAUUAUUAUAUUUAUAGAGCGCCGUCAAAUUCCGCAGCGCUUUACAAUGGGUGGACGAGCAGACAUGUAGUUGUAACCAGACAAGUUGGACACACAGGAACAGAGGGGUUGAGGGCCCUGCUCAAUGAGCUUACAUGCUAGAGGGAGUGGGGUUAAAUGACACAAAAAGGUAAGGAUAGUAUUAGACUAGUGACAGUUGCAGAAGAGGAAUCAGUCAGGAGCUAUUAACAGUUUAAUUGAUACGCUUUUAUGAAGAAGUGGGUUUUUAACGAUUUUUUUUAAAGGAGUGGAGACUGGGUGAGCAUCUAACGGAGGAGGGAAACGAGUUCCACAGGAACGGUGUCUGUGUAUAUGCAUGUGUGUCAGUGUUUGUAUCUGUGUGUCUGUAUGUGUGUCAGUGAUUAUAUCUGUGUGUCUGUAUCUGGAUGUGUGUCAGUGAUUGUAUCUGUUUGUCUAUGUACAUGUGUGGCAGUGUUGUGUGUCUGUAUAUCUGCAUGUGUAUCAGUGUGUCUGUGCAACUGUAUGUGUGUCAGUGUUUGUAUCAAAAACUGACAAACAUACAGAUGUACAGACAAUGGCAUACAUACAAUCCAUGGGGCCCCGGUGCAAAAACUGCUCCAUGGGCUCCCCCCCUCACCUCUCUCCCCUUCCCUUCCCUCCCCACUCUCCUCUGAUCCGUUGCCCCCCCCCUGACACAUACAUAGACACAGACAGACACACCCCCCCAACAGACACAUACAUACACACAUACACACAGACACAUAUAUACACACACAUACUGUAACGGAUCACCUGGCACCCCUUCGUUAAAGGAUGCUCCUAGUACUUUCCUGAGGGCUCCAAGCACUCCAGCCGACACCAUAACCCCCGUAGACUCCCUCCGCUCACUCAGACUCAGCCAGUAAUUACACACAAAAUCCUGCCUGUGAUAUAAUUACUGAACACAAUGGGUUAAUGUAAUUAUCACAGGCAGAGAAAUACAGUUUUUACACAUGUACUAUAACUUUAAAACUAUACAUUCAAUAUUCAUAAAAUGACAUAUUAAUACUCAGCACACUUUAAUUACACACAUAUCCAAAAUUUAGGUGAUUCCUUCCAGGGGUUAAAAAGUUAGCCGGAAGUCCUUUAUGACCGGAAGUCCUUCACACUGAAAAAAUGACCAUCGCCGAACGGGACUUAGUCUCUGCGGCUGAAAAAUCAGUGUAGGAGAAGGUUAGGGUUGAAAAAAAGAUGGCUGCCGCCACGUGUUUGUUUGCACGAACGGCGGCCCCCCAGUGGUCAGCAAUUUACUACAGAAGGCUCCCAGUCUGGGAGGUAAAUUGCCUGCACACUUCCAGUUCUAGGUGGUCUGCCUGUACAGUACUUGGUUCAUUAAGCCCCAUUUACUGAACCAAGUGGGAACAAGCCAUAAAGUAUUUUAAAGGUCUGGGGACAUAGUUUUAAAGGGGCAUUGUUCCCAAAAGUCACAAUAUGUCCCCAGACGGUUCUUAAAGGGCCAGCAUGGUCCAAUAAAAAUCCAUAAGCUCCAAUGCUGGUUUUAAAGGGCACCAUCUCCCAGGGGCCCUAGUCAGCAGGCAGGAGGCGGUCAAGCAGCCCCCUCCAAAAACCAGUGGUGAGGUCCCACUGGUUUUUUUUAUGUACAGAGACACAGACACACAUACAUACACAGACACAAAGAUACAUACAGACACACACAUACAGAGACACACACACAUAAUCCUUCUGCUCAGCUCCGUCGCGGGCGGUCUACUGAUGCCAGGAGCCGGAAUAUGAUUACAGCUCCCUCUAAUGCACUUACAGCGGCCAUAUAUAGAUAUGCGCCAUGGCUCCACUGGGGCCUAUGGAUGGGCCGGCCCUGGUAUUACCACACCUUCGCGUGGUUGGGCUUAAAGCAACACCUUUUGCAGGUGAAAUAUCAAAGUCAAAGACAACAAGCCAAGAUCAGGGAUUCCAGAAAACACAGCAUCAUUAAGCCAAGGUGGGUUAAAGAGUAGAAAGAUCAGGGUAGUCAGAGAAGCUAAAAUAGGUAACCAGGAAAUUUCAGGUAAUCAGGGUCGCUCUAUUGUGAUCACAAAGAAACAACAGCAGAGAUAAACUCAAGUAUUAUUCGGUUUGGGGCAUUUACUUAAUAGCCAUGCCCCAAAAACGUGAUUGGGCAUGGACAAUAAUGCAAUUUAGCGUUGAUGAUGUCAUGAAGUCUGUGUGACAUUAUCACAUCAUAAAAAGGGGAGGAGCAACAUAGUCUAGCAGUAGAAACGCUAGGUACCUGAGGGUUUGAAACUGACAUGGUGAGGGUUGUGGAUUGACGGUUAAUGGAUUAGGUCACACACCACAGAGGCUCUGUGACUCUAGCCCAGUAUUACAGCUUUCCUGCCUACAAUCACGGGGAAGACACAACGCCAGGCGACCCCCGGACCCUCCAGCCGAGCCUCACCGAGACGAGCAUCAGGCCUCAUGGACGAAUUCUUGUCCACUCUGGACGGCCUCCGACACACGGGGCCCAUUGACAAAAUGGCGCCAGGAUCUCCUGAUGCGGAGAGUGUCGCAGACUCGCAGCAGGACUCAUACCGGGUCAAAACCUUCUCGCAGAUAUUAGCCGAACUGUCGACAAUCGACUGCCAACAUUCUCACUAGGGCAGACAAAACGGCUCUGGUCACAGAGCUACAAUCAAUAAUUAGAGAGGAAAUGAUGGAGGUCCGCAGAGAUCUCACUGCCUUAGAGCAGUGGGUGACUGAACUAGAAGCCGAAAACAUUCAAGCCAUUCAGCACUCACAAGCCACUGACUUAGCCACAUCACGACAGGGUUCUGUUCUCCUGGACCUGCAUAGGCAAGUGGAAGACUUGAACAACCGGGGAAGACGCAAUAACAUCCGCGUCAGAGGCAUACCCGAGAGCGAAGGAGAAGACCUCACAGACACCCUAAUGCAGCUGUUCGAGCAGAUCCUGGGUGAGGAGGCCCCAGACGAGUUCCACAUAGAGAGAGCACACAGGGCAUUGCUCCUCCCUAGGAGAGCUGGCCUGCCGCGGGACGUGAUCUGCUGCCUGUUGUCCUUUCAUCUCAAGGAGGCCAUCAUGAAAGCAGCCAGACCACAAACCAUCACCUACCAAGAAGCUCAAGUGGCCUUAUUUCAAUAUAACCAUGGAAGCGUGCCAGGCACUGAGGCCUCUCACACGCCUACUACAAGAUAGAAGAAUCUCCUCUUAAUGGGGCUUUCCCUUCAGCCUCCAGGCCCGAAAGGACAACACCUGGCAUUCCAUGAGAUAGCCUAACCAUGUUCCUGCGGACCCUGGGCCUCCCAGCAGUUGCUGUGCUGAACUGGAUCCUGGAGGGUCCCCCUAUACACCCCAGGCUCCAGGGGGGGCUUAGGCCAGAAACCCGACCCAGAUGAGUGGUGGCCUGAUCGGUCCAGAAGAAUAUUGGGGACUCCAAACCCCUGGGCCCAACCCCUGUGGUCACUUGCCGUUUGAAUAACACAGCCCUUUCCAUAUGCACACCGGAGGCCCACCAGCCAUUGCAGAGAAGGGGAGACUGGGGUUCGCUGAUGGGUACAUACUCUCCCUUUGUUGUAGCCCCUUGAACGCAGUCUCAUAUUCACGGAUGCAUUACCUCCCUUAUCCAGCGGGCCUCUCGUUUUAGGUGUUGAACAGGUGGGGGCCAGGAAGAAGUUCACCGGGGACAAGCGGCUGGUAAAAUACACUCAUUACUCUGGCUGGGAAACAUUUAGCUUCUUAUGAACGGGCAAGCCAAUGAUAGAUGCCACCCUGCAAGUGUGUUGCUCCCUCAGGUUUCAACAACCCCCCUGACACCCAUCACGCAUAACCCGGACCUCGGCGGUGGCCUAAUACCGGCAGAACUCCACCAUUUUACACAAACAGACUGGCUGUAUGUACGCCAGUGUUGUCGGAUCCCCACUUAAACCACUGGCAGAUAUAUUUACUUAAGCCAUCCCUACUGGGAUGGAUAAAUACCACUACCACCAAUUUAAAGGAGCACUAUAGGGUCAGACAUGUAUUCCUGACCCUAUAGUGUUAAAACCACUAUCUAGCCCCCUUUGCCUCCCUGAAGAUAGUAAAAUCUUACUUGCAUUCAAGUCUGAAGCUUUUGUCUCUGUCUGUGAACUUCCUCUGACAUUAACAGAAGUGAUGUCCUGAUCCAAUCACAAUGCUUCCCCAUAGGAUUGGCUGAGACUGACCAGGAGGAAGAUCAGGGGGCAGAGCUAGCACAAUUCAAACACAGCCCUGGCCAAUCAGCAUCUCCUCAUAGAGAUGAAUUGAAUCAAUGAAUCUCUAUGAGGAAAGUUCAGUGUCUGCAUGCAGAGGCAGGAGAUAUUGAAUGUUUGGAUGCAUUUUAGGCUUAGGAAGGAUCUGUAACAGCCAUCUGAGGAGUGGCCAGUGAAGUUAUCACUAGGAUGUAAUGUAAACACUGCAUUUUCUCUGAAAUACAGUGUUUACAGCAAAAAGGUAAUGAUUCUACUCAUCAGAACAAACACCAUAAUAAGCUAUAGUUGUUCUGGUGACUAUAGUGUCCCUUUAAGACAUACUAUGCAGCUUUUCUCUGCAAGCACCUCCUCCACAGGGACCUUAUGCAAUUUGAAACUUUAUGCACAGCCAGCCAACACAGGUCAGGGGGAUCUCUAUAUUAUACACCAUGCUCGCCUAGGGGGGGACACAAACUCGCCUCGAAAUACAUUGCAAGAUGGGAGAGGGAGACUGGUACAUCACACUGACAGAGCAGGAAUAUGACAACGUUUUCAUACUUACCCAUAAAUGUUCCAUUAGCUCUAAAUUUCAGGAAACUAGCUUCAAACUACUUUCCCACUGGUAUAGAACUCCCGAUGUCCUACACCACAUCAACACAGGCAUACCAGAUGAGUGCUGGAGAUGCAGGAAUGCAACCCUCUACAUUUGGUGGUAAUGCUGAGACAUAGCACCCUUUUGAAUGAUGGUAAACACCAAGAUCAGGCAAAUUACUGACACAGAGUUGCUGCUACAGCCCCUCCCCAUGCUCCUACACCACACUAACAUGCCCAGGGGAACCUAUAAGAAAUAUUUGCCCAAACACCUGCUGACCGCAGAAAAAUCACUGAUUCCGACAUUAUGGACAUUAUGGGUCGACAGAGUUGGUAAGAUUUAUACCAUGGAAACACUAACGACAGCACUGCACGAAUGUUCGGAAAAAUGCACCCCGACCUGGGCUCCGUGGUUAAUGUUCAUCUUGGCAGGCGAGGUGGGACACUAACCCCCCUUCUCCCUGCCCGCCCCCCAGCACCUCGUGCUCACACCUAGUGGGGCAUCCCCCCUAUACAAACCCCUGCCCAUGCUGGGCACAGAUACCUAACAGUAACUAUUAAAACGGGCCCGGAGAGUGGACAUGGGAGUGACGGGUGGUGAAGGAUGAGGGGGAAGUUGGAUGCACAUGGAACGCAUUGGUGGUGGGUGGGAUCUGCUUCACGAUUCUGCCCAGACAACCCAGAGGCCCAUAAGACGCAAUACUGCAUCAGCCAUAAACCCCAAUACCACAUCUCACAGACUCCUAGUUGCAUGUCAUUACUUUAAACGGUAACCCAGCAAUGUCAAACUAGAUGCCCGGAGAACAAUGGGACAGACCCAGCCAACCCCAUGGUACAACACAGAACUAUUUCCCGUCAAAUGCCACCGCCCUAACAGGAAUGGCCAUUCCAGGGCCACUCCCCACAAGGGCACUGCACACUAUGCCCCACGACACUUUAGCACAUAGAUUACGUACUCCUUUGAGGAGACCACCAACAGGACAGGAAAAAUAGGAGAACAUCAUACCCUGGCACACUAGAGACAUGCUCACGUAUAAUACCUUGGACGAGCCCCAUGGCCAUGAUUAGUGUUGCUCGCAAAUGCCUUAUACAAAUGAAACGCAUAAACUGUGACUUAGUCUUACUUCAUUAUGGUUCAUGUCAGGCCAAUAACUUUAACACUGCUUGUUUGAACUUCUGCAUAUCCCACUGUUACGAUACGACAGAUUUGCACUCAUUAUUGUCACUGUAACAUAUGUGGAUGUCAACCCUGUACUACUUCAGUGUACCAUACUGAUAAAUGUUCACUUUUUCUCAAACGACAAAACCAAAAGUAAAGAUUCUCAUGAAAAAAAAAAAAGAAACUGACGUGGUGCCUAACAUAGGGACAGUAUGUUAGUGGCAUAGCGCAAGGGUGCUAUGUAUCUAGCCAUGCUUAAUCCGUACCAUUCUACGGACCCUUUACUCUACCAUGGACUAUUAAGGAUAGGGUUAAUUGUUGUACCACUAGAAAGCAAUGCUCUUCCACUGACCUUGUUAUAAGAGCAAAAAAAAAAAAAUGUGAUAUAUUUUCAGGCCAGAGAGUUGUAGAUAUUAAUUUCUGGCCUGGUUUUUAAAUGUACAAAAAAAUGUUUUAUGUUUGUACUUCCUAUGAAACCACGGAAUUUGUGUAUUGCUGUAAAGAGAAGAACUAUCUUUGUUUAAAGCAUAAUGCUAUGAAUCCCACAUAACAUCAGCAAUUUGCCCUUUUAUGUCCUCUCCAAAUGCUUGUUUCUGACUACUACUGCAUGGCGAUGGAAUGGGGACUCAUACCAAACACACAGCGCACUAACAGUGGGUGUUAAAAUGAUUUUAGAAGUUAAAUCCGAAGACACAUAGAUUAUUAGGGUUUUGCUUAAGUUACUCAGCCCUCUCACUAUUCAGUGCCGGAAUACGAAGACUCAAUUCCUAUUUGAUUAAGUAAAUGUUCUCAGAUCAUCAGAUGUGUUCUGUAUUUUUUUUAAUUUAUUUUUUUUACAGACCAUAGAAGGAAAACCAUUAUGAAGGUAUCGUAUAUCUUGUAAGCCUGAGAUAGACUUAUUAAAUGCUUUAAAUACUUUGUGUUCUGUAAGAAUUAAACAAUGUUUUGGCAUCGGAAUGUGAUGUCCAUAAAUGUGCCAGAGAGGAGCAUGGAUAAAGACAAAUCAUUGAAAGAUUAUUCUCUAAAACCUCUUACCAGGUAUACAAAUACUAUAAAUACGAUGUAAGUACCAUAGAAAGUAUUAAAAUCCUAACAUUUUACCGACCGGAGCACACCAUGAAGUUACAGAGUGCUUAUACUUCAGUCCAUUCUGCAUGUAGAAAACAUCACUAACCAGAGAAUUAAAAACUAGUGUUUUCUAUUGAACAUUUUCUUUUUUUUUCUUUUUUCUUUUCUUUUUUUUUUUGGAGGGGUAUUACUCCAUUGAGCCUCUUCUAUCCAUAUGCAGAAUAGGCUCUGAUGGACAAAGACAUUGCUUUGGGAAUUUUUAAUUUUUAUUUUUUUUAUACAUUUUAUAUUUUUGUGCAAUGUAUUAUAUGCUUUGCUACUGUCGGUCUGACUGUAUCAUGUUUCUUUUAUAUUUUUUUAUAUAUGUUUUGUUGUUAUACUCACUUUUUGAAUAUUUUUGAAUUUCAAAUUUAAGACUAAAAACGUUGAAUUUCAAAAAGAUUUCCGCUAGCUGCCAGUUCAUAUAUAUUCUUAUAGGCACCAAAACCACUUUAGCUUAAUGAACACAUUUUCGUAUAUAGAAGUUAAAUCACUUUGUUUAUACAGCUCCAUGUGACUUUCACAUCCUUCAUCCUAAACACUUCUUAAAGAAAACCUAGAUAUUUUAAAGUCCUUUAUUGCACAAUUUGUUUAAUGUAGAACUUAUCUCCCGUUUUUGUUAAUUGCCUGCUAGACACUGUCAGAACUUCCUGUGUGUGGUUAAAGUUUUAAAGUUCAAUUUACAGAGCAGGAGAUAAAAACUUAUAAAGCAAGUUAAUACCUGAUUGAAAAUGAAAGCAUUUUUUUUCAUGCAGGCUGUGUGCAAUUCACAUGCAGGGAGGUGUGGCUAGGGCUGCAUAAACGGAAACAUUGAUUUAACUCCUAAAUGGCAGAGAAUUGAGCAGAGAGACAUGAUCUAUACACAAAAACUGCUUUAUUAAGCUAAAGUUGUUUUGGUGAGUAUUAUAUCCCUUUAAAUUUGAAACUCAAGUCUCACUAGACUGAAGCUCCGUUACCUUCAAAUGGUGGUCCUGUGCAUAAUGGGUAUUCUCACCUGCUUCCUGUUCUGUUCCUUGCUAACUGCACAUGUGUUGCUAGCCACUGCCAUGCAACUUUGCUGUAUAUGUAAAUGUUGCCUGUGUAACUACUACAGUCCCAUGUGAUCUCCACCAGAUCCUGAGUGCAUGUGUCCUUGGGUUUUUUGGAGCAGCCAAAUGAUGUUCUAUUAACCACUUGAGGAUCGAUCCUCAACUGUCAUAACUUAAAACGAGCAGCGGGAGCGAUCAGAGAUCGCUUCCGCCAAUAUACCGCUGUUACUAUCUGCCAGGCAUGUAAGGCAGAUAGUAACAGCCACUUAUUAUGUUUGAGCGACACACGAUCACUCAUUAUUGGCUGCUGUCAAAUUGGGUGUUACAAACACUCACUUUGACAGUGAUCUCUGCCCCUCUCUCCUCUGUAGCGUUUUGAGAGAGAGAGAGAGAGAGAGAGAGAGAGAGAGAGAGACAGAGACAAAGAUUGUGAUAGUUUGUUGCCAGAAGUGCCAUAGCCUUCCAUAAUUCCUUUUUAACCCCUUCCAUGCCAAACCCUGUUACAGCAGUGCAUUUGUACUUAUUUGCCCUUAAGGGUUAUUUUUUGUUAAAAGCUGUGUAUUAGGUCAUUUUAGUCAGUUUUAGUCAUUUUAGCAUAGGGAUAGGUAGAUUUUAAAAAAAAAUAUGUAAAAGUGUGUGUGUGUUAGUAAUUUGUUAGUUUAGACAGUUAUAUAGGUAGUUAGAUAGUGUGUUGGUGAAAUAUGCAGCAUAUGUACAGUUUGGAGGAGGCAUAUGCCUUCUUGGCACCAGACUCUGACGCUACUGACACUGCGUCCGAUUUUGACCCAGGUCAGUUUUCUGACACAUCUAGAGACAAGUCAUCUGUGUGUGAGCCGGCUGCAAAAAGCUGUGCUUCCCCUGUUACUACUAAGCCCAACAUCCCCCCUUUUAAUGACAGGCAUUAAUGUCAAUGUGCAUGACUUCUCCCCUAUGCAAUAUAUGGAGUUAUUUUUAGGGGAUACCAUCUGGGAGGAGAUUGCUCCCAGACUAAUCUAUAUGCUACCCAAUUUAUUAAUACCAAUCCAGAUAGCUAUGCAGUCAGGGAACGUGCUUGGCAUCCCACAGAUGUCCCUGAACUGAAAAAAUUACUAUACUAUACUAUAUGCUCAUGGGGAUUAUAAAGAAGCCAUCAAUUCAUUCUUACUGGAGCAUUAACCCUAUCUGUUCUAAUCCAGUGUACUCCCAAACCAUGUUGUGACAAAGUGCCCUUCGCCACUUGCUCCUGGAGAGGCCUGCUUGCCAGCCUCCUCCCCUGUGACUAUGACUUUUUGAUAUAUUUGGCUUUAAAGCCCCUAUUCUAUCUUCAGACAGACUAUUUAUGUAGGUUGCUUUAUUUCUCUUAUGUUUUAGUCACCCUGUACCCAUUAUAGGUGCAGGGUGUGUGUAAUGUAAUUGUUUAUAGUGUGUGUGUGUGUACUGUGUAAUGUAUUGCCUGCUCUCCUGUACUGCUGAGGUUUGCUACCAACUAGGUGGGUUUGGCUAUGGAGCUUGUCUAGUGCCCUCUGUUGGUAGCAACAGCAAUAUGCACUACCUGAAUAGCAAGACUGGUUCAUUUGCAUAUUCGGGUAGAUUUGCAUAUUGCUAAUUCUGCAGUCAUGUGAGAUAUUUUCUGUUAAAUAUGGUCUCCCCCACCCCUUUAAAAAUUUGCCAUUGUGUUCUGAUAAGUCACUGUGUGUUGCCUGCUAUGGUUUGACUGUUUGUGAUUUUAUUGAGUUUUCACAGCAAUGUCAAUGUGGUGACCCUAUGGGCUGGUCCCAAGGGAAAUAAAGGUUUAGACAGUUCUUCUUGGUUCCUCUAAAUGUAGCCUUGUCUCAUUAUUGUAUGGAGUUGUUUUAAUCACACUGGGGAUUGCUAUGCUCUGCAUGCUCCCCUGGUCUUGAAUCAUAUAGCUCUUUUAAGAGUUUGUUCCUGACCUGCUCUCCUUGAUGGAGAGGUCUUCACCACACGUCCUGGAUCCUGGAGGUUCAUACAGGGUGGAAGGAAGAGGUCUUUCCCACAUGGUCCUGGAAGACAGAAGCUGAUCCAGGGUGGAAGGAAGAUGGUGAGACUCCAGUCAAGCUACAGCGGUUGAGGAGUCUGCGGUGGUUGGGGUGUCUGCUGCAGUGCUUGGAGUCCUCAGGAAUCGCUAGGAGCAUCCUUCAACAGAGAUACACAGUCUGGGUGCCAGGUGAUCCGUUACACAUGUCUAGAGCAAGAUAUGAGUUGCUGUUCCGCUGUUUACACUUUAAUGACAAUACCCUCUCUCAUCCCAGAGAUCACUCCCAAUAUGAUAGGCUUUAUAAUAUACGCCCACUGCUAAACCAUCUUCAAAACAAAUUUUCAGAAGUUUAUACUCUCCAACAAAAUACAUCAAUUGAUGAAUCCUUAAUGAAAUGUAAAGGGAGAUUAGGAUUCAAACAGUACAUCCCCUCAAAUUGCCCUAGAAAUGGCGUAAAAUUCUACAAACUUUGCGAAAGUGGCUAUACACUUGCCUUUCGCAUAUAUGAGGGGAAAGAUUGUUAACUGGACCCUCCUGGCUUUCCUGACUCUCUGGGGACAAGUGAGAAAAUUGUUUGGGACCUACUGAUCCCCUUGUUCAAUAAAGAUUACCACCUUUAUGUGGACAAUUUCUAUAGCAGUGUCCGUUUGUUUCAAACACUUUGUAGUUUGCAGACACUGGCCUGUGGUAGUGUGCACAAAAAAAAAUGUAAAAGAUUUCCCCAGACCUCUCAUACAGGCCAAAUUAACCCCUUAAGGACACAUGACGGAAAUAUUCCGUCAUGAUUCCCUUUUAUUCCAGAAGUUUGGUUAUUAAGGGGGUUAAAAAAAAGGAGAAUGCAAAGCUGAAGUGUUAAUAAUAAAAUUUAAGGACACAAAGGAUGUUAACAUGAUCACCAUCCACGACGAAAUGUCAGACAUCACUGUCUGAGGCAGAGUACAGACCAAACCUGUUUGCAUCAGGGAUUACAACAGGCACAUUUGGCUAAUCAGCUGAUAGAGCCAUAUCUGAUCUUAAAAGACCACUAUAGUGCCAGGAAAACAUACUCUUUUUCCUGGCACUAUAGUGCCCUGAGGGUGCCCCCACCCUCAGGGUCCCCCUCCCGCCCGUCUCUGGGGAGAGGAAGGGGUUAAAAUGUACCUUUCUCCAGCGCUGGGCGGGGAGCUCUUAUCCUCCUCCUCUCCUCCCAUUCGGCUGAAUGCGCACGCGCGGCAAGAGCUCCGCGCGCAUUCAGCCGGUCUCAUAGGAAAGCAUUUACAAUGCUUUCCUAUGGACGCUGGCAUCUUCUCACUGUGAAAAUCACAGUGAGAAUCACGCAAGCGCCUCUAGCGGCUGUCAAUGAGACAGCCACUAGAGCCUUUGAGGGCUGGAUUAACCCAUUUAUAAACAUAGCAGUUUCUCUUGAGAAUGCUUUCCUAUGAGACAGGCUGAAUGCGCAUUCAGCCGGUGAUGGCAGAAGGAGGGGAUUCCCCAGCGCUGAGGGAGCCUGACGCUGGAAAAAGGUAAGAUUUUAGCCCUACCUCACCCUAGAGCCAUGAGGGUGGGGGCACCCUCGGCACUAUAGUGGCAAGAAAACUAGUGUUUUCCUGGCACUAUAGUGGUCCUUUAAGAAAGACAAAAGCCUGGUAUAAAAAGGUGGCUAUCUAUCUUAUGCAAGUAACAACGCACAAUUCAUUUUUACUUUUUUUUUUUUAAUGAAUCCAGGAAGAACCACCUUUCUCCAAUUUCAUCUCAAGCUGAUAUCAACAAUAAUUUAUGAAGAUGAUCAAGUUCCAACAACAGUGCUAGAGGAUUCCAGAGUUGGGGCUACACAUUUCAUUUUCAAAAUACUGCCAAUCCCCAGAAACGUUGCAGAGCCUCUUACAAAAAAGGGAAAAGGACAGACACCCCCUUUUACUGUCCCAAUAGCCAUUCAAAACCUGGACUGUAUAUUGGAACUUGUUUUAAGCUCUACCACAUAGAAUAUACCUUUUUUAUAAUACUUGUUCCUCAUUUUCUUUACUUUGUGUCUUUUUAAAGCUGCAAAUUUUUAGUUGGUCCGUUUUCAUCCCCCAAAUGUCCAGUUAGUUUAGAGAUUGCUGCUAAAGGUGCAUUUGAUACCUGCACAUUUGUUCUUUAAAAAGUUAAGUUUUCUGGCAGUAAUAUAUAAUCAGCUGGCUAAAAUCAAAAAACAGAAUUCAAAAAUUACAAUCAUGCACUUUCUCUGAAAUUUUCUUAGCACAAUGGUUGGGGGAAGGAAGUUAAAACACAGCAUAUACAAUACCCUGACAUGUCUACUUUAUAAAAAUAUAUACUUGUAUGAUGGUAACAUUAACUGGGGGAUGCAAAAAUACACCAAACUGAAGGUAGGCCACGCAUACCUAUAUAUCAAGUUGAAAAACUGACAUGCAGAAGUCUAUAUCGUGACCUUUUAGCCUCCUAACAACCCAGCAAACCUAUGGAUGGAUGGUAUCACUGUACUCAGGAGAUGCUGCUGAACACAUAUUGCUGUGUUGUUCGGCAGUGACGCAUAACAGGAUCAGUUAAUUCAUGCCUAAAGUAUAAUGUGUGUGGAAGAAAUACUACCCAAAAGUUUGACGAAGGCUGAAGGUAUAAUUAGUGCGUUAAAAGUGUUAAAGUACCACCAUUUAAAAUACCCUGGGUUGUCUACUCUUCAAAAAUAUAUGGUUUGAUGGGGGUAAAAUACAUUUGCCCAUGGGCGUCCGCAGGAAUUUUUCCGGGGGGAGGGGGCAUUAUUUUAAUGACAUUCAUGCUUGGCUCCUUUUUAACAGUCAUGAAGGGGCGGGGCAUAGUCGUCAUCACAUAAAGCCAGGGUGACCAGAUUUUGAAAAUAAAAAACCGGGGCACCCAUUAGACAGGGAGGCGAAGCAGGGCGAGCCACGGAGAGAUCGACAUGACGCUGGAAAUAAGAUGAGUAAAAACUCAUUUUUAACGGGGGGAGGGGGGGAGGGCAAGAUACAUAAUGAGCAUUUUCACAACUAUGGUGUCAGGAAUACAUGUUUGUAUUCCUGAUACUAUAGUGUUCCUUUAAGCAAAUUAAAGGAACAUUCUGGUCACCAUAACAACUUUGACUAAAUGAAAAUGCUAUGAUACCAGGAAUCCCCUGGGCGCUCUCUUUCCUUUAAGUGGUUAAACCGCUCUUAAAUGGUUUAACCCCAAAGACUUCCUCCACAUCCAGAUCUCCAGGUCGCUCAGUGGUAUUCGGCUUCUGAAACGGAGUGUCAGGAAGGGCAGAUUGACGUCAGGCAUGGCUGCCGCUGAUUGGCUAGAGUGGUCAAGGGGGGCUACUUUCUGCUUCUUUUGCUCCAUUCUGCUCCUUUCUCUUUCUGAUCCAUUUCUGCUACUUUCGCUCCUUUCUACUCCUUCUGACCCUUUCUGCUCUUUGCAGACCUUUCCUGCUCAUUUCUGUUCCUUUUUGCUCCUUCUCCUACUUUACCUAUGUGCUCCUUCUGCCCCUUCCAGCUCCUUGCUGUCCCUUCCUGCUCCUUCUCCUACUUUACCUUUGCGCUCCUUUUGAUUCUUUCUGCUCCUUUACCUUUGUGCUCCUUCUGUCCCUUCCUGCUCCUUGCUGCCUCUUUCUGCUCCUUCUCCUACUUUACCUUUGUACUCCUUCUGAUUCUUCCUGCUCCUUUACCUUUUUAGCUCCUUGAUGUCCCUUCCUGCUCAUUUCUGUUCAUUCUCCUUUUUGCUCCGUCUCCUACUUUACCUUUGUGCUCCUUGCUGACCCUUCCUGUAGGCUGCCCCACAUGCCUUACCUGAUCUGUAGGCUGUUUCUCCCCCCCCCCCCCCCAUGCAACACUUGCCUAACCUGUAGGCUGCCCCCCCCCCCAUGCCUCACUUACCUAACCGAUAGGCCGCCCCCAUGCCUUACCUGACAUGUGGCUGUCUCCCCAUGCCUCACCUACCUAACCUGUAGGUUGCCCCAUGCCUUACUUACCAGUUCUGUUGGCUGCCCCCCCCCAUGCCUCACUUACCAGAUCUGUAGGCUGUCUCCCCCCAUGCCUCACCUGAUCUAUAGGCUGCCCCCCAUGCCCCACUUACCUGAUCUGUAGGCCGUCUUUCCCAUGCCUCUUACCUGAUCUGUAGGCUCUCUCCCCAUGCCUCUUACCUGAUCUGUAGGCUGCCCCCCUGCCUCACUUACCCCCCCAUGGUGCUCCACCUUGCCCUCCCCUGCGGACCUCCAUGCAUUGUCCCACUUCAAAAAUGUCACAAAUGGGACAUGGACGCAGGUUGACUACAUGUCAAUAUUCCAAGUUAAAAAAAGGAUAUGCACACCUGCCAAAUGUGGCCUUUUAGCCCCCAAACAACCCGACAAACCUACGCAUGCGUGGUAUCACUGUACUCAGGAAAUGCUGCUGAACACAUAUUGGGGUGUUGUUUGGCAGUGACACAUAAGAGGAUCUGUUAAUUCAUGCCUAAAGUAUAAUGUGUGUGGGAAAAAAAAAAAAAAAACACAAAAAAUUACUACCCAAAGGUUUGUCAAAGGCUGGUGGUAAAUUCAGUGCAUGAAAAGUGUUAAAAUACCAGCAUUUAAAAUACCCUGGAUUGUCUACUUUUCAAAAAUAUAGGGUUUGAUCGGGGUAAAAUACAUUGGCCUGCUUCAAAAAUGUCCCAAAUAAGACAUGUGCGCAGAUUGACUACAUGUCAAAAUUCCAAGUUGGAAAACUGAUAUACGCACCUGCCAAAUGUGGCCUUUUAGCCCCCAAACAACCCAACAUACCUAUGCAUGGGUGGUAUCGCUGUACUCAAGAGAUGUUGCUGGACACAUAUUGGAGUGUUGUUUGGCAGUGACACAUAAGAGGAUCUGUUAAUUUAUACCUGAAUUGCUAUGUAUGUGGAAAAAAAACUUUGAAAUUAUCCAUGCGAAGUUUGGCGGUAAAAUGGCUGCAUAGAAAGUGUCUUCUUCUUGUGUUUUCUCUCUCUUUGGGGGGUGCAAAGCUGUAUAUAUGUGUGUGUAUAUGUGUAUGUAUGUGUGUAUAUAUAUAUAUAUAUAUAUAUAUAUAUAUAUAAUUUUCUCUGGGUAUUUGUGCUAAAAAGGCUUAUUUUCUCGUUUAUGGAGCUGGAGCACCACACUUGCACGUCUGUCCAGGCGCUUGUUGUUUUCAAAAGUCGCCUUAACGUUUGGAGUUAUAUUUUCUUAAUGCUACGUGAAACUGUGAAUGUGAUAUUAUGGGCAGUCUGGGGCUGCUAGUAUAUACUUCUUGUCCUUAUUCUCUAAACAUUUCAGACCCUCAUAUUAUUUCCUAUUCACUUCUUUCAUAACUAACAAGCCUACUUACUAAAGUAAGAAUCCAAAGUAAAUUCAAAGUGGAUUUCAAAUUUAAGGUCAAAAUAGACAAACUGGAACAAUUCUUCUAACUCAGCUAUGCUUUCAGUUUGACUGCUCUGGCCUUAAAUUAUAAAUUCACUUUGACUUUUCACGUUAGUAAAUAACCUUGUUGUUGAUCGUAUACAAUGUAAUAAAUAAGAGUCACAGUUGUAUGUACAUGUGGAGUGUGAUCCAGAGAGUUAUGACCGAUAACAGUAUUACAAUGUCACUAUUGAUCAAUUUGAAAAAACAGUAUAUAAUUGUACUAAUUUUUUUAUAUAAUCUGUAUGGGAACAGUAAAAGAGAGAGAGGAAAAUUACAGCUAAACACAAACACCACAAAAGUGUAAAAACAGCUCUGGUCCUUAAUGUACAACAUGGCCAAAACAGUCCAGCCUUUAAGGGGUUAAAUUAAUAUUUAAAGUCCAUGAAGAGUUUGUUUUUAUUACUUAUUGCAUACGUAAGUUUAUUACUAUUAAUUACUUAUGCAGUUCUUGGUAGCCCUAAGCCUGUCCCUGAAUACUCAGUGAAUUAUUGAAUCUGACUCGGCUUUGUUUUCUUAGCAACUUUUCUGGAAUGUGGGUUAUGUAUAAAAAGUGUUGUGUCCACUUUUUAGGAAGUUUAUCUGGCCUAUUUAUUCCCUUAUUUAUGUUAAAAUAUUCCUUUCUACGUAUCGUCCAUAAUUUUAUUUUCAGGUACCAUUCUGGUUCUUUUUUUUUUUGUUCUGGUUGACAAAUUUGCUCUUUUAAUGUUUAAAAAAAGUGGCACAAAAAUUUUAAUUUUUAUUCUCAACAUUUUCCACCACUGUCACACUGGUGGAUUUUCUGAGACAGCAAGUGGCUUUCAAAGUUUUCAUUUUAAGGAAUAUUAAAAUCUGCAAGCAAUGAUAAAGUAAUAGGGGGGAAAAGGUGUCAAAAAAUGAUUAUUUUGGUGCACUAGAAAAAGAAAAAUCAGUUUACUAAUGUAUAAAGAUAGAGUCAUGGCCAGUUCAAGACAUUGUGCUGCCUGGGUCGAAGAUGAAAAGCUGUCAGUGCGUGUGCUGAGGAUGCAGCAUGUAUCUGUGCGUGCUGGUGAUGCAGCGUGUAUCUGUGCGUGCUGGGGAUGCAGCGUGUAUCUGUGCGUGCUGGGGAUGCAGCGUGUAUCUGUGCGUGCUGAGGAUGCAGCGUGUAUCUGUGCGUGCUGAGGAUGCAGCGUGUAUCUGUGCGUGCUGAGGAUGCCGCGUGUAUCUGUAUGUGCUGAGGAUGCCGCGUGUAUCUGUGCGUGUGCUGGUGAUGCAGCGUGUAUCAGUGCGUGCUGGGGAUGCAGCGUGUAUCUCUGUGUGCUGGGGAUGCAGCGUGUAUCUCUGUGUGCUGGGGAUGCAGCGUGUAUCUCUGUGCUGCGGAUGCAGCGUGUAUCUGUGUGUGCUGCGGAUGCAGCGUGUAUCUGUGUGUGCUGGGGAUGCAGCGUGUAUCUGUGUGUGCUGGGGAUGCAGCGUGUAUCUGUGCGUGCUGGGGAUGCAGCGUGUGUCUCUGUGCUGGGGAUGCAGCGUGUGUCUCUGUGCUGGGGAUGCAGCGUGUGUCUCUGUGCUGGGGAUGCAGCGUGUGUCUCUGUGCUGGGGAUGCAGCGUGUGUCUCUGUGCUGGGGAUGCAGCGUGUGUCUCUGUGCUGGGGAUGCAGCGUGUGUCUGUUCGUGUACUGGGGGUGCAGUGUGUUUGUGUGUAUGUUGCAUUAUCCACUACUAUACAUUGCACCAAGUUAAAGCCUUAAACUGAUGUAUUAACAUGUAGGCAAUGAGACAACAGCUAUGCACAUGAAACCCUGCAAGGAAUGAACAUGCUUUUAAGGUGUUUUAUUAUUUUCUUUUUCUCAAUUACCUAAUUAAUGUUUUAACACAAUAACUUUGAUUUGAUAGUUGUUGUUGUUUUUCCCUAGGUUUGGCAAAUUCCAGAUUAUACACCAGUGCGAUCAAUAACAGAACCUAUUGUGACCCUGGAAGGUCACUCCAAGAGAGUUGGUAUAAUCACAUGGCAUCCUUCCGCUCGCAAUAUAUUACUCAGUGCAGGUAAUAAUCUACUGCAGAAUAUUUUCUGAGCAUAGAUCGAAGUAACCACGGGUGUAAUGUGACUCCAUAUUUGUAAGCAUCAAAUUCCUAUACCAUCUGCCAUAUUGUAAAGUAGUUUGUGAUGGCCACAGAAAUUACCAACAAUCCACUAUUAAACAACAGCAUUUAUACUAAUCCAUAUUCUCUAGUAUUGUUGGUGCACAGUGUCAAAAAGUAGAUAUUCCUGAAAAAAUUUCUGCAUUUGCUACUGUCCUAUUUGUGGCCUUUAUAGUGACGGCUGUCAUUUGAAUUAAAUAAGGUACUAUACACUAAAACUGGAAUUAUAGAGAACAGACAAAGUAUAGUAUACAUUUUAGGCCUGUAUAAUUGACCUAGCUAAUUACCUGACUUUCAAUUCAGCUAUUUUGAACUCAAAAUGAUGAUAGUUUCACCAUUCUCCACAAUUCCUGUUUUUUUUUUUUAUUGUUGAAGCAACACUUUGUGAUUAAUUAUUAGGAACUGAGAAUGUUUUCCUAAUCAUAUAACCAUUUAAACGUUUCUUUAGAAGAAUAUUUAUUGCAAGUAAAUUAAGUGAUAUAACACUGGAGGCCCUGACGCAUUUUGUAGGUUUUGGCCUUAUCUCAUAUUUGUGCUAUAUUUUUGGUCACAUUUAAAGCUUAGUUUUCGGGAAUUUUUUUUUUUUUUUCUGCAUUCUGUUGGAUACUCUACCACCAUAGCCACUUCCUCCCUGUUUCACAAAAGUUUUCCUGAUUGCAAAGUAAACAAUGCAGCUAUAAGAGAUCCAUUUGAGCUGAGCUGCUGACUAAACGCUGACUUAACACAGCCAACCACGGUCCUAUAAACACCAGUAUAGUAUAUCAAAGCUGUGCUACAUGUAGAGAAAAAUCCAUUAUCAAUAUAAGGCCCAAGCUAAUCAAUUGUGCUGAAGUUGUGUUAGUACCUUGAGUCUCCUUUUAAUGAUUCUGUUUACUGAAGGUUGGAAUAAUAUUAUGCAUGUUAAUUGUGAUAUUUUUCCAUUUUACAAAAAUGCUUAACCGUUUCAUGUUUCAUUAUUUUUAUGCUUCAGCUUUAUUUAUUUUUUUCAUAUAUCACCAUUGAUUUAUAAUAAGUGCUAUAUAAACUCUUGCGCAAUCUGUUUAGCAGUGCAUCAACGCAUUAAAGGAAAACUGUUCCAAACACAGCCAAAUAGUAGCUCUAGUGAUGAAUUAUUACUGAAUAUGAUCAUAUAUGGUAAACAAAGCAUUCGGAAACCAGACUUUAGCUAAAAAUGUUCUUUGUUAUAAUGUAUCUAAUUUGCAUAUGAUAAACAACUUUAAUAUAAAAACAAUAAUCUAAGCUUACUGCUUGCAUUUGAAUCUGUGGUUGAGAAUGGGAAUGUUCUUUGGAACCAGUGGAAUCACUAUAGUGUGUAGGGUUCUUGAAUGUAUUGGGGGGGGAAAAAAUCAUAAGAUGACUCUCAAAGAAUUGUUUUAUUUAUUUAUUUAUUUUUUUUAUACCCUUUCUAAACUUGCUGUUAGGUAGUGAUAAUGCAAUAAUUAUCUGGAAUGUCGGAACAGGCGAGGCUUUAAUUUCCCUUGAUGAACUACAUACUGACCUCAUUUACAAUAUCUGCUGGAACUAUGAUGGAAGCCUCAUCACAACUACCUGCAAGGAUAAGAAAGUCCGGGUCAUUGACCCACGCAAGAAUGAGAUUGUGGCUGUAAGUGUCUGGCUGUCCUUCUACCUUGCUAUCCUUUUAUGGUCCUCCUUUUCUCUUUAAAGUGGAUGUGUCUUGUUAUUAUUUUCUAGUGUAAUACAAUUCUUUAUCAAAACUUAGAUUUUCAGAUGAAGCGGUUUUGGUGCCUAGAGUGUCCCUUUUAGGAACACAGAUUGAUUGUAUUGGAAUUUUACUGAAAUUCCAACCCAGUCAAAAGACAUACUGAGACACAAAGUAGGGCUUACUUUGUCUCUGUGUUUUUCCUCCGCUUGACAGAAAGGCGGAGCUACCGCCGUCAAGCUUGUCAUUUCUCCCAGCCAUCACCAGUGACUGCUGUAUGGGAAAAAAACCUCUUUCUAUGUAGGAUCCCGUGUUUUCGAUGGAUCCUCCAUAGAUUUCCAUGCUGUACUAUCACUCUUCGGCAAGAGUACAACGCUAGCAGCGGCUCCUGGAGCUAAAAUGCCAGGAGCUGAAGAAGAGCAGAUGAAAGAGGAUGGCAGCACCCACAUGGGACAGAUUCAGGUAAGUAAAUAUCACCUCUCCUGGCCCCGCAAUAGGCAUAGGGACCUCCAUUGGCAAUGUCCCUGUUGGGGGACUCUGCAAAUUAUGCAAAAACCCCAGACAGUGACAGGGCAACUUUAAAGGACCACUAUAGUGCCAGGAAAACAUAAUCGUUUUCCUGGCACUAUAGUGCCUUGAGGGUGCCCCCACCCUCAGGGUCCCCCUUCUGCCGGGCUCUGGGGAGAGGAAGGGGUUAAAAUCUUACCUUUCUCCAACGCCGGGCAGGGAGCUCUCCUCCUUUCUCUGAAACUGCUAUGUUUAUAAAAAAAAGGGGUUAAUCCUAGAUGGACCUGGCACCCAGACCACUUCAUUAAGCUGAAGUGGUCUGGGUGCCUAUAGUGGUCCUUUAAACAUUAUUACACAUUGUGUACGUUCUCACAGCAGAGCCCUGAGGCCUUAAUUUUUUGAAGGUCACUGGAACAAAUAUUGGCAAGUAAGCUAGGUAAUAAUCGUACAGCACUGGUUCUCCAGAAUAUAUUCUAAAACCAGCAAAAUAUGAUAUUUUGGAGAAACCGUUAUAUUUUUGAUAAAGAAUUGUAUUAUCGUAAUAAAAAAAAAGUCAGAAUCUUGUUUUAUGUUUAAAAAAAAAAAAAAUAAGAUUAAAUAUAGAGUCAAACGCUGUAACAGAUAUAAUCCACAACUAAUUAACUUUUCUUUCAAAUAGAUUUUUGCAUAAACCCCCAUACAGCUAUGCUUAACGAAUCAAAUGCCUGUUUGUUCAGCAAAUCACAAACAAACCAGUUCAUUCAUCCAGCAAUAAACUAGCGUUUGAUUUUUUUUUUUCAGCACAGCUGUACGGAAUUUCUGUACAAGUCUAGGCUCAAUUGGAGGAUUAAUGUGAUUUUCUAGCACAAGGGGGCACCCUAAUAUUGCAGCAAUCUUGUACUAGAUUAGAAACUGCUUGUUUGCCCUCACCCUCCCCCCCUUUUUUUUCUUGUAAUUUUUGUUAUUGUUUUGUAAAAAUUUCCAAAAAUCUUUAAUACAAAAUAUUUAAAAAGAAACUGCCUGUUUGCUAGUGCAGCGGAAGAUUUAACAAUAUGGUGCUAGUAAUACAAAAUAUAUAUAUAUAUAUAUAUAUAUAUAUAUAUGUCAAUAUUACUAUUGAUAGAUAUCCAAUUUCCCCAAUAUUCCUAGUUUGGCCAUAUGUGAAUUUUUUUUUUUUAUUGUGUCCUAUUCAUCACCAUUCAGUAAAAAAAAAAAAAAACAGGGUUAUUCAUUAAACUAUGAAAUAUCAGAAAUUAAAAGUGAAAGUGAAUUCCAAAUUGUAGGCCAAAUAGUGAACUGGAAAAAGUCUCUGGCCUAAAAUAUUUUAUUUUUACACUUAUUCAUAUAAUUUGGUAUGCAAAACCUCAUUGUUAAAUCUAUCCCGUUUAUUUUAACUGUAUUCUCUUUACCUCUCUGUCCCCACCUCUUCCAUCCCUGUGAUGGCUUGAUUUGCACAUUCUUGUUGUAAUUUAUUAGAUGUCUAGAAUGUGAGUGUUGUUAUGAGGUACAUAUAUAACUGGUCUGCAAAGAUUACAGGGGUUAUACAUGCAAUGACAGUCACAAUGCACCUUUGUUUAAAUAUUUUCUGCAAACUAUCUACACAGUCAAUUAAUAAUUAAGUACAAUAUUGAUACUGUGCUUUAAUGUAGUGAAUGCUAAUAAUGGGCAUGGCACUGUACGUUUCCCUAAUAUACUGACUGCUAAGAGUGAGGCUACUGCUGGGCUUUCCUUUAAUAUAGUGACCGCUAAGAAUGAGCCUGGCACUGUGCUUUCCUUUAAUACAGUGAGCCUGGCACUGUGCUUUCCUUUAAUAUAGUGACCGCUAAGAGUGAGCCUGGCACUGUGCUUUCCUUUAAUAUAGUGACUGCUAAGAGUGAGCCUGGCACUGUGCUUUCCUUUAAUAUAGUGGCUGCCAAUAGUGAGCCUGGCACUGUGCUUUCCUUUAAUAUAGUGACUGCUAAGAAUGAGCCUGGCACUGUGCUUUCCUUUAAUAUAGUGACCGCUAAGAGUGAGCCUGACACUGUGCUUGCCUUUAAUACAGUGACUGCUAAGAGUGAGCCUGGCACUGUGCUUUCCUUUAAUAUAGUGACUGCCAAGAGUGAGCCUGGCACUGUGCUCUCCUUUAAUAUAGUGACUGCUAAGAGUGAGCCUGGCACUGUGCUUUCCUUUAAUAUAGUGAGCCUGGCACUGUGCUUUCUUUUAAUAUAGUGACCGCUAAGAGUGAGCCUGGCACUGUGCUUUCCUUUAAUAUAGUGACUGCCAAUAGUGAGCCUGGCACUGUGCUUUCCUUUAAUAUAGUGGCUGCCAAUAGUGAGUCUGGCACUGUGCUUUCCUUUAAUAUAGUGGCUGCCAAUAGUGAGCCUGGCACUGUGCUUUCCUUUAAUAUAGUGACUGCUAAGAAUGAGCCUGGCACUGUGCUUUCCUUUAAUAUAGUGACUGCUAAGAAUGAGCCUGGCACUGUGCUUUCCUUUAAUAUAGUGACUGCUAAGAGUGAGCCUGGCACUGUGCUUUCCUUUAAUAUAGUGACUGCUAAGAAUGAGCCUGGCACUGUGCUUUACUUUAAUAUAGUGACCGCUAAGAGUGAGCCUGGCACUGUGCUUUCCUUUAAUAUAGUGACUGCCAAUAGUGAGACUGGCACUGUGCUUUCCUUUAAUAUAGUGACUGCUAAGAAUGAGCCUGGCACUGUGCUUUCCUUUAAUAUAGUGAGCCUGGCACUGCGCUUUCCUUUAAUAUAGUGACUGCCAAUAGUGAGCCUGGCACUGUGCUUUCCUUUAAUAUAGUGACCGCUAAGAAUGAGCCUGGCACUGUGCUUUCCUUUAAUAUAGUGACUGCUAAGAGUGAGCCUGGCACUGUGCUUUCCUUUAAUAUAGUGACCGCUAAGAGUGAGCCUGGCACUGUGCUUUCCUUUAAUAUAGUGACCGCUAAGAAUGAGCCUUGCACUGUGCUUUCCUUUAAUAUAGUGACUGCUAAGAGUGAGCCUGGCACUGUGCUUUCCUUUAAUAUAGUGACCGCAAGAAUGAGCCUGGCACUGUGCUUUCCUUUAAUAUAGUGAGCCUGGCACUGCGCUUUCCUUUAAUAUAGUGACUGCCAAUAGUGAGACUGGCACUGUGCUUUCCUUUAAUAUAGUGACUGCUAAGAAUGAGCCUGGCACUGUGCUUUCCUUUAAUAUAGUGAGCCUGGCACUGCGCUUUCCUUUAAUAUAGUGACUGCCAAUAGUGAGCCUGGCACUGUGCUUUCCUUUAAUAUAGUGACCGCUAAGAAUGAGCCUGGCACUGUGCUUUCCUUUAAUAUAGUGACUGCUAAGAGUGAGCCUGGCACUGUGCUUUCCUUUAAUAUAGUGACCGCUAAGAGUGAGCCUGGCACUGUGCUUUCCUUUAAUAUAGUGACCGCUAAGAAUGAGCCUGGCACUGUGCUUUCCUUUAAUAUAGUGACUGCUAAGAGUGAGCCUGGCACUGUGCUUUCCUUUAAUAUAGUGACCGCCAAGAAUGAGCCUGGCACUGUGCUUUCCUUUAAUAUAGUGAGCCCGGCACUGCGCUUUCCUUUAAUAUAGUGACUGCCAAUAGUGAGCCUGGCACUGUGCUUUCCUUUAAUAUAGUGACCGCUAAGAAUGAGCCUGGCACUGUGCUUUCCUUUAAUAUAGUGACCGCUAAGAGUGAGCCUGGCACUGUGCUUUCCUUUAAUAUAGUGACUGCCAAUAGUGAGCCUGGCACUGUGCUUUCCUUUAAUAUAGUGACUGCCAAUAGUGAGACUGGAACUGCAAUAACGCCCUUUACACAAGCGCCCCCUCCAUAAACAAAAAACAUAUUCAGAUACAAACAGUGACACAAACGGAUACACAGGGGCUCACAAUAACACACAUGCAGAUCCAAAUGCAGACACACAUAGAUACUUAUACACAUACAGACACACAUAUAGGUACACAUGCAAACAUACAUGUACAUAUAGACACACAUGCAAAAAUACAGACACACAUUCACAUACAGGCACACAUAAGAGCUUAAGGAUUCCCUAAUAUCUAACAGAGAGAGGUUCAUGUCACCAUGUAGAAGAUUGAAACACCAACCAUUGGUCUAAACGGUGCACUGUGCUGUCUUCGUCUAUAAUUCAUGUGCUGUGUUAUUGCUGUGUCAAUUGCAUGCUUACAUUUGAAAGUGAUAAAAGUAUUAGAAACUUGGAAUUAAGGGGGCAGGGACAUAAUUAAGGCCAGGUACCAUUUAGUAGUUAAAAGAAAAAAGUGACACAAUUGCUGUGGAUCAGUUAAGAUACAAGCUUUAAUCACGCCACAGUUUUGUCCACUGCAGUGUGGUUGUUUGAUAGUUGUGAUACAGAAUUGUGAACGCCUGGCUCGUAAGAAACCUCAACAUUUAUUAAAGGGACAUUCAAAGCACCAAAACAACUUUAGCUUAAUGAAACCGUUUUGGUGUAUAGAUCAUGCCCCUGCAAUGUCAAUGUUCAGUUAUUUGCCAUUUAAGAGUUAAAUCACUUUGUUUCUGUUUAUGUAGCCCUAAUAACACUUUCCCUGCCUGUGACUCACACAGUCUCCAUGGAAAAAUGGUUUAGUUUUCUUUCAGAUUUUAUGGCACAGAGUGUUUACUUUAGAAGUUCUUAUCUCUCAAUUGUUAAUGUAAUGAACUUUAUUCACGCACGUGAGACUGUUGCAGGCAUGUUAACAGAGCAGUAAGUAUGAAAUUCUAAAUGAAACCCACUGUGCAUUAAGGGAUUUUUUAAAAAACAGGUCUCUCUGAACAGUAAGUGUUUAGAUAGGCUGUAGUCACAACGAGGUGAGAUCUGACUAGGGCUGCAAAAAAACAAAGCGAUUUACAGCAGCUCUGACACCUUCAAGGGCUUUUGCAUAUUCAAAUCCUCGGACAGUGACUGGGUGACGCGGGGUGCAGUGGAAGAAUGAGUUUUACUUAUCCGCCACAAGUCUUCCCGCUGGUCCUCUUCAGCUCCUGGUGCCUUAUCUGCCAGGAGCCCAUGUCAGUACUGUACUCUCGAGCAUGCACAAGAGUACAACACUGAGAGAUCUAUGGAGGAUCCUGUGAGACUGCCUAGAGUGUUCCAUCUUGUUGUAGUGUUGCUUAUUGUAUCAGGGGUGUGAAUCACUGACUAGCCUGACACUAACCAGCAUGUCUGUUGUUUUCACUUGCUGUGAUCGACUUAACCUGCUAAUCAAACAAUAUAGGAGAAAAGUGGGGCACAUGAAGGGGCCCGGCCAAUCAAAUCCAUCUUUUUGUCGGAUGGCAAAAUAUUCACCACUGGCUUCAGCAAGAUGAGCGAACGACAGUUGGCACUGUGGGAUCCGGUAUGAGAAGGUGUUCUGCAUGUUUUAUUUAUUCUACAUAUCUUUAAAUUUACUGUUUUGUUAGCUGCACAAGCUUUGCAGAGUUCCAAUGGUGGCAAGACCGAGGACUCUCUACACCUGCCUUUGGGGAGUCAGAAAGAGCUCAAUUCAUUGAAUGAUGCAGAUAAUCUCCUAUAAUAUUUGCCCAGUAUUUAGGUUAAUUUUUUAAUAUAUACCGGUGUGUAUAUAUAGUAAUGAUUCCAGAGAGUAAGCAGUAACUGUGAUCCUGAACCUUUAGAUUUACAACUUUUAAUAUUGUUUUAUUUGAGCCAGAUGAGAGAUGUGACAUCACCCAAAUUGUAGUGUUGAAAGAACAUCCCUUGUUGUAGGAUUUCAAUAUUCAGAUAAUAUUUGUUAUUGUGCAAAAACUAUAUAUAACCUGGUUAAGAACUAUUCCUGACCAUGUUUCUAAUAUAGCUCUACAAGAGCACGGGGAGGUGGUCAAAACUAUGUAAGCUAUUGGUUGAGUCAUCUCUGCUCAAUUCAGGCACCUUUAAAAGUCCUGUUGAUGAUGAGCCAGGAUUGGCAUGUGCUAGCUUAGCAUACUUUCAUUACACUGGUUGGUUCUGUAACUAGAAUGAAAUGUUCCUAAAUCUUACUUUUAAGAAAACUUUUUUUUAGGAUUAUUUUCCAUUCAGAAUGACUUAAACACUGCCUUUUCUGCCACUCUCCACAAGCAUAUAGUUCCUGUAAGAUUACAUUAUUUGGCUGUCUAAACGGGGGCCCUGGCCAGUACUGAAUGCCUCUUUAUUUCUUUAAUGUUGCUAAUACUCUCUGGCAUUGUUCAAAGGUCAGCUGCACAGACAGCAGCCCACACUAUAUUUUCAGAUCUAUAUCUCAUCCCUUAAAGACUUAUUGACAGGCCUUUCCGAUCUCCCCAUCCAGGGUCACCUUGGUAUCCAUAGCUGCAAAGGUUUGUGAGCCAGUAACACCCUGUGCUGCUUGUUCUGCCAGGACAAGCGGCUUUUGUGAUUAUAAUCCUGUUAUGACGAGUUUGUUUUCCACCUCCCAACCCUCACAGGAGAAAUGUACCCCCCAUGAGGGGAUGAGACCCAUGCGCGCGAUCUUUACCAGAGAUGGAAACAUCUUUACUACUGGUUUUACACGGAUGAGUCAGAGAGAGUUGGGCUUAUGGGACCCGGUAAUGGUAUACGUAAAUAGUCCUGGCAAAUUGUUAAUUAUUGUCACUGUUUCCACAACACACGACACUUGGAAAUAUCAUUGCGAAAGAAUUCUCAUAUCAAGAUGCAGGUGAAAAAUAGCUAAAUAAGCACACGUAGUAUGAAAACAAUAAAUCGUGCCAAAUAUUGAUUAUAUACAGAGCCUGUUAAUUAAGUAUGCUAAUAUAUGAAUAGUUUCAUGCCAACAUAAUGGGGGUUCAGAAUCUUUGUGCACCUCUUCGUAGUUAGUCUACAGUAAUUCACAUGCACAGCUUGCCGUAGACUAGCUAAACAUGUUAAGAGUUUUAGUUCAUUAAGAUAAUUAUAACUUACAGGGUUGUUUAGAAAAGUGAGAAAUGUUGGGAAUUCAAAGUGAACUUCAAAUUUAAGGCCAAAGUAGGUAAAUUAGAAACAUUCUACAAUCCAGCUAUGCUCCCAAUUCAUCUAUUUUGACUUGAAUGCUGUAAUUCACUUUGAAGUCCCAACAAUUCUCACUUUAGUGAAUAACCGUUAUUGUUUGUUUCUUCAGAUAGAGCAUAAUAGUUUUAUUAUACACACUGUGUAUCAACAGUAAACUUGUGCAAAAAUGUGUUUGAGCGGGUUCAUCUGAACCAAAUUCCUUUUAAUUCACACAAUAACACAUUUAUUAAUCCGGAACUUACCUGUAGGGUCUUAUUCAUUGUAAAAUAUUCCACAGGUAAAUCCUAGGCAAAGUGAUUCAUUCAGAUGUCCAUUAAAAGUAAUUUGAUUCGGACGAACCAUGUUUGUUCCACUUUGGCAUCUCAAUUAUUGGUAAACCUUGGUGUAGUACUUCAUAACCUUACAGAUGUUCGUGAACUAUAUUUCCAUUUUGGCUGACUGAACGUCAAGGAGAAUGCAGUUCAGACACACCUGGAAUUAGGAAGACUAGUCAAUACACCUGGAGAAAUUAGAAAUCUAGAAACUCAUUCGCUAUUGUGUUUACAGUGACAAUAAUCGCACAUUUCCAGGGCCCGGAAUGCAGUGUUUCAGCAUGGAGUGUAUAGACCAUGAAAAGAGUGCUAGCUCUGUGUCUUCUCCUGACUAUAGUUCUCAGUGUUAUCUUACCAGUGUGGAGUGAUAUAUUUGGAGUGGUAUAGUUGGCUUACAUAAACUAGAAGAGUAAUGUUAUUCCACUCCUUUUUUGAUGUGUAGAUUAUUAGUUAUGCAUGAUGGGAGAGCUAUAGUAACCAAUUAAAAUGACUGUAUGCACAAACAGUAAUGUUGGCAUAUACUCUACUAAAAUAAGUUUGUGCAAAAGAAUAAAACUAUUUGAAAUCACAAAUAAUUUAAUCAUGGUGUCUGUUCCACCUUUAUAAUGAUGAGCGAUCCAUGUUACAUUCAAAGGAAUAGGCUUAGGGGCCACAUUCUGUAAUAUAACGAUCAUGUAUUCCUCUAAUUGGCAAUUAUGUAAUAUUAUUGAACUGUGAGCCACAGAAUUACCCUGUGAAAACAGGAGGGCAUGUUCUAUAAAUUUCAGCCAUGGUAAAAAAAUUAGAUUGCCUUGUAUAGUAUGAAAAAUCACCUAUUCAGUGAAUUCUUUGUGGUCCAUAGCCAUCUAGCAUUUGACCAAACGUAGCAAGUAAGCAAACGUAAAUAAAGUAUAAAUUAAAAAAAUGAACACAGAAUUGGUGGCAUUGGCAUUUACCUAUGGCUUUAAAAGCUAGCUGAGCACGAUGAAUAGUAUAUAUUAUUUGGCCUUGUAUGAAGUGCAUUAAUGCAAUAGUCCAGGUCUCUUAAUGUUCUAAAUAAUAAACAGAAGAGAAAUGCCACAAUAUAUUCUACUUUUAGUCCAUUCUAUAUAUUAAGUGAGCACUACUCACUAAAUAGUUAGCACAGCUCAGUGAAAAGUUUUCAAAAGAGGGCACAUUCUGUACAGCUUUAGUUAAUAGAUGGUUCCCUACAUAUAUUGGAACUGGUCUCGUGUAGUUAGUCUUUUGGUUUUUGGACUGUUAUCCUUACUGAUUACUUAAAACAAUAGUUUUUCUUUUUUAUCUAUAUCUCUUUUUAAAAGUAGAGUUUAAUGUGUUGAAAAAUGACUUUCUAUAAACCUGUGUGUCGAGUUUCACUAACUUUUGAACUACUAAUAAUUGGUUAGAAAAUGGCAUAUUCUAAACAAUUUUCCCGUCUAUCGGCAUGUAGAGUAACUUUGAUGAACCCAUCGCCUUACAAGAGAUGGACACCAGUAAUGGAGUUCUCCUUCCUUUCUAUGAUCCAGACUCCAGCAUUGUUUACCUCUGUGGAAAGGUAACUCUGUGAUCCUGUGUUAUAGAUCAUGUUUAAUGUCUGCAUUUAGAGAAUUAUUUGUCAAGACCAGAGGAUGAGAGGGAAAUGAUUGCUUGCCCUACAAUGAGAGAUACUCAGAUGAAAAUCAUGACAAUAAGGUAUUCUGAAAUGUCUCUAGUGAGUAAAACACGUGCCUGCUCCUCAUUCGAGUCUCCUACCCCUGCUUAAAAUAAAACCUGAGUAUUUAUAAAGGUCAUUUAGUACAUACUUUGCCUUUUAGUCUUGAUAAUAUUUUAUUUAAGAAUUGUGACAGUGUUUGUUUUGUGGAAAUUUCUGUUGCUUACACGUCUUAAAACACUGUGAGGCAACAGAUAUCCAGGAAUAUCUCAUGAGUCAUUAUGGUAAAAUUGCCAAGAGUUUUAACCUAUCUCAGCAUAAUCCGGCUUUAUAAUUUUAAAAUGACUUUGCUCUAUCCAAUGUUCAUCUCAUGUCUCCUUAGUUUAACAGUCUAAAUACACUGAUAACAAAAAAGGUACUCGGCACUCUGGUAGAUAUGCAAUUAGACUUUAUUCACUGGUCUAAAGUAAAGAUAACGUUUCAAUCCCCCUGGGACUUUUCAAACCUCUUGCUGUUGAUUAAGGAAGACUAAUUGCACAUCUACAGGAGUGUGUUGAGUACUGGUAUGGUGGCAUUUGAUUUUCUUAUUUUUUUAAAUUUAUUUUCUUACACAAGCUGAAGGUGUACAAGUCCUGUCUGAUUUACCAUACAAUCUGCAUGUUGUGUACAUAUAAAUUCCUAAAAUAACAAUGAAAAAGUUAGCACUUGAUAAAUAACUAGUGAAUAAUUAUUCCCAUUUGGUUUCUGUAAACAUAUUUUCUUUUGUUGGAGGAGACCUAAAUAAUCAGGAACUUGAUUUACCCUGUAUAUACAUGUAUCCAUAGCUAUCUUUCUUUUUACAAAUAAAUGACAAACAGAUCAUUGAUAUCAUAGUACAAUUCUCACAUUUACCAACUGAUGUUAAUUGUUGCACACAUUUUACUUAUGCUCAUACUUGUGUGUCUAUAUAUACUACACAUUUAUUGCAAAAAAAUUUGAUAUUUGUUUUUAUUACUAAUAUUUUUGACCUAUUUUUGGAAGCCUGGUGAAAAUACACAUUAUUUGGCUGUAGAUGAACUACUUUAAUAAUAAAGCAGUUAAAGGGAUACUAUAGUCACCAGAACAACUACAGCUUAAUGUUGGUGUUAUGGUGUCUAUAGCUUGUCCCUGCAGACUUUUUGCUGUUUUCAGAGAAAAUGCAUUGUUCACAUUGCUGCCUAUGGACAUCUCCAGUGGCAGUCAAACGGCCGCUGUGGGGGCUUCCUAGGUCAGUGCGUUCAGCGUCUUCAUGGAGGCACGGAACCUUCCUCGUAGAAACGAAUUGAUUUAAUGCAUCUCUAUAAGGAGAUGCUGAUUGGUAAGCAAGGUAUCUGACUCUGCCCCCUGGCCCACUUCCUUGGCUGAAAUCAUCAGAAUUGACAAUCUCGCCAAUCCAAUGCUUUCCCAAAGGAAAAUAAUUGGAUUGACUGAGAUUGUCAAUUCUGGUGAUCUCAGCCAAGGAGGCAGAACAGGGGUGCUGGCAGACCCAUGCAGCGCUAAAUAAAUGUAAGAUUUAUCCCUAUUUAAGGGCAAGGGGGGAAGGCGGACACGUAAACAGUGUGUUCAACAUUAGAAGGUCAUGAAUACACAUUUGUAUUCCUGAACUUAGAGUGUUCCUUUAACUUUCUCCAAAGAAUGCUGCAGCAAUGAUGUUCUUUUCAUGUUACAGGGUGACAGCAGUAUCCGUUACUUUGAGAUAACAGACGAGGCACCUUAUGUCCAUUACUUGAAUACCUUCAGCAGCAAAGAACCACAAAGAGGAAUGGGCUUCAUGCCUAAAAGAGGUCUGGAUGUCAGUAAAUGUGAAAUAGCCAGGUAAGCCAGGCAUAUCAUAUACCAGGGAUAGGCAACCUUUGGCACUCCAGAAGUUGUGUACUACAUCCCCCAUAAUGCUCUUACACCCAUAAUGCUGGCAAAGGAUCAUGGGAGGUGUAGUCCAAAACUUUUGGAGUGCUGAAGGUUGCCUAUGCCUGUCAUAGACUAUGAUUAAGGUACAUUAUAUUUGGCUAUAUAAAGUGUUUUAUUUGUGAUUUUCUGUUGCUUGGUAAGAUUCUUUUUCUUUAAAUUAGAGUAAGAAAAUUAGAGGGUAAAGCACCUAUUAUAUGAGAAACCGUUCCUACCUAUCCUACAUGAGCGAGUUUAGGGAGAAAAUUUUGGGGAAGUUUAAUUUUUAAACAGACAGGGCUAUUCAGUAAAGUGAAAAUUGCAGAGAAUUCAAAGUGAAUUUCAAACUGAGGACCAAAUUAACUUUUUUGCUUUCCUGCAAUUCCCCUGUGAAGCACUGUACAGGCGAUAGUCAAAAAAUUAGAAUAUCGUGCAAAAGUUAAUUUAGUUCAGUAAUGCAACUUAAAAGGGGAAAUUAAUAUAUGAGAUAGACGCAUUACAUGCAAAGCAAGAUAGUUCAAGCCGUGAUUUGUCAUAAGUGCGAUGAUUUACCAGGAAAGGUUAAAGGAUCUUAACAUGUAUAGCUUGGAGGAAAGACGAGACAGGGGGGAUAUGAUAGAAACAUUUAAAUAUAUAAAGGGAAUCAACACAGUAAAGGAGGAGACUAUAUUUAAAAGAAGAAAAACUACCACAACAAGAGGACAUAGUCUUAAAUUAGAGGGACAAAGGUUUAAAAAUAAUAUCAGGAAGUAUUACUUUACUGAGAGGGUAGUGGAUGCAUGGAAUAGCCUUCCAGCUGAAGUGGUAGAGGUUAACACAGUAAAAGGAGUUUAAGCAUGCGUGGGAUAGGCAUAAGGCUAUCCUAACUAUAAGAUAAGACUAGGGACUAAUGAAAGUAUUUAGAAAAUUGGGCAGACUAGAUGGGCCGAAUGGUUCUUAUCUGCCGUCACAUUCUAUGUUUCUAUGCUUAUGGUUUACAGCUCAUGAAAACCCCAAAUCCACAAUCUCAGUAAAUUAGAAUAUUACAUGCAAUCAAUAAAACAAGGAGUGUACAUAGAACAAUAUCGGACCCCUGAAAAGUAUAAGCAUGCAUAUGGACUCAGUACUUGGUUUGGGCCCCUUUUGCAGCAAUUACUGCCUCAAUGCGGUGUGGCAUGGAAGCUAUCAUCCUGUGGCACUGCUGAGGUGUUAUGGAAGACCAGGAUGCUUCAAUAGCGGUCUCCAGCUCUUCUGCAUUGUUCGGUCUCGUGUCUCUCAUCUUUCUCUUGGCAAUGCCCCAUAGAUUCCCUAUGGGGUUCAGGUCAGGCGAGUUUGCUGGCCAAUCAAGCACAGUAAUCCAACGGUCAUUGAACCAGGCUUUGGUGCUUUUGGCAGUGUGGGCAGGUGCCAAGUCCUGCUGGAAAAUGAAGUCAGCAUCUCCAUAAAGCUUGUCUGCGGAAGGAAGCAUGAAGUGCUCCAAAAUCUCCUGGUAGAUGGCUGCGUUGACCCUGGACUUAAUGAAGCACAGUGGACCAACACCAGCAGAUGACAUGGCUCCCUAAAUCAACACAGACAGUGGAAACUUCACACUGGACUUCAAGCAUCUUGCAGUGUGUGCCUCUCCAUUCUUCCUCCAGACUCUGGGUCCUUGGUUUUCAAAUGAGAUGCAAAAGUUGCUCUCAUCAGAAAAGAUUACUUUGGACCACUGAGCAACAGACCAGGUCUGUUUUUCUUUAGCCCAGAUAACACGCUUCUGACGUUGUUUGUUGUUCAGGAGCGGCUUGACAAAAGGAAAACAACAUCUGAAGCCCAUGUCCAGGAUCCGUCUGUGUGUGGUGGCUCUUGAUGCACUGACUCCAGCCUCAGUCCACUCCUUGUGAAAGUCCCCAACACUUUUGAAUGGCCUUUUCCUGACAAUCCUCUCCAGGCUGCGGUCAUCCCUGCUGCUUGUGCACCUUUUUCUUCCACACUUUUCCCUUCCACAUAACUUUCUAUUAAUGUGCUUUGAUACAGCACUUUGGGAACAUCCAACUUCCUUCGCAAUUACCUUUUGAGGCUUUCCCUCCUUAUGGAGGGUGUCAAUGAUGGUUUUCUGCACAACUGUCAGGUCAACAGUCUUCCCCAUGAUUGUGAUUCCUACUGAACCAGACUGAGAGACCAUUUAAAGGCUCAGAAACCAUUUGCAGGUGUUAUGGCUUACUUAGCUGAUUAGAGUGGGACAGUGUGAGCCUAAAAUUUUGCACCUUUUCACAAUAUUCUAAUUUACAGAAAUUUUGUAGAUUUGGGGUUUUCAUGAGCUGUAAGCCAUAAUCAUCGCACUUAUGACAAAUCACGGCUUCACCUAUCUUGCUUUGCAUGUAAUGCAUCUAUCUCAUAUAUUAGUUUCCCCUUUUACGUUGCAUUACUGAAAUAAAUGAACUUUUGCACAAUAUUCUAUUUUUUUGAGUUUCACCUGUGUGUAAUUCAAUGGCAUCUUCUGUUACUCUAUAAAAUACAGUAAUGUAUCAAAUAUUUUCUAUGCCUCAAUAAAAACCCAUUUGUAAAUAAAUGAAAUGGAAAGAGAAACAAGAGUGAUUUCCAGAAUUCUACCUUUAGAAUUCAUCUUUGAGGAUAAAACAUUAUUCACAAACAAUCUAUGGGCUCCGCCGUCUCCUAUGAGCAUUUUAUGUUUGCCAUUGCCAUCUGAUUUAGCCACUUUUUUAUUAUUCUGGCUGAUAGCAUGUUUUGGGCCUCAAUUUAUUAUUGUGGGACACCUUUCCAUUGAUUACAUUUUUCUUUUGUUUUUAACGCUUUUAUUACAUUUUAAAGCAUAGGGAUUUAAAAUCAUGGUGAAAAUAAAGCAAUAAUUUAAUAUUUUUUGAUACUUUUAAAAUGAUUUUUAAAAUCUAAAAAAGUAUGUAAUAUUUAGACAAAUCAUCAAAUUACAAAUAUCACAAAAUAAACAAAUUCUAAAUAUGUCACAUAAUAUAAAAAUAUUCAUUCUAAUAUAUCCUCUUAAAUGUAAAUUUAAAAAUAUUAAUUUGGAAAACCUUUAUCCUUUAUUAUUAAAUUGAGACAUUCAUAAGAAAGUUAUCUAAACAGCUAUGUACCUUCACUCUGGAUCAAACAAAUGGAACUCAUUGGAUGUCGCUGCUGAUUCUGGGUGAUAACCUAGUUAUUUUGUAUUGAUGUUUUUUCAGGUUUUACAAGCUGCAUGAGCGAAAAUGUGAACCCAUUGUUAUGACUGUACCUCGAAAGGUAUGGAUCAAUGCUUGCCAUCUCUCUUGACCCAAAUAAAAUGGCUCUGAGUAUGUCAUAGCUGCCUUGUACUUACAACACAUACAGUUGUUUGUACUCCUGUCAGCCAACGAGAAUAUUCAGAACUUUGUUGCUGUUGUCCCCUCAAUCUUCAAUCCUAGUGCUAUCUUGUACUCAGUCACUGUUCUCGCCUGUCUGCAUCUGUUGUAAAAUGCCUUGUUUCAGCCCUCUUAUAGCUGUAGAAUAUCCGUUUUCUGCUUUGGUUUAUUUGUAUUUAUUUUAAUUUUAAUUUCUUGAUCAAUUUGGCAUUGAAUAUUUUAAUGUAUCUUUUGUUUGUUGUUCGUUCCACAGUCAGACCUCUUCCAGGAUGAUCUAUAUCCAGAUACACCUGGGCUUGAGCCAGCCAUCGAAGCUGAAGAGUGGUUUUCUGGACAGAAUGCUGACCCUUUGCUGGUGUCCCUAAGAGACGGCUAUGUUCCUGCAAAGAACAGGGAGUUUAAGGUCACCAAGAAAAACAUUCUGGACAAUAAACCACCAACUGGGCCACGACGCAGCUUCUCCUCCUGUGAUUCAGGCUUCUCAGUGAGUUUGUAUUACAACAUCUCAUACCAUGACCUAUAGCAAAUAGACAUAAUAAAAUGAGGACAGUUGCAUCUAGCUAUGUAAGACAGUCAGGUAGAGACCAUAAUCCUUAGAUCCCCCAAUUUCAGCAAUUUAUCACAAUUUUCUGUCCAAUAUGUGACAGGUUAUUCAGUCAUACGAAUUUUCCAACCUGGAAAGCGUUCACCAAGUACACAAGAAAUCAAAUUAAUAUUAUUAUUAUUUUUUCUUUUUUAACCCCUUAAGGACACAUGACAUGUGUGACAUGUGUGACAUGUCAUGAUUCCCUUUUAUUCCAGAAGUUUGGUCCUUAAGGGGUUAAAGGAAGUCUCUAAGCACCUUAAAUACUACAGAGCACUCAAGUUUUGAUUUGCUAAUGGUUUAACAGCUUACCUGUGGACUCCCAGGUGAAGGUCACCUUGUCUAAAACAAAAGGAGCUAUUGAUUGGCUGACACUAAUGAGCUAGGUUAAUCUCAGAAAAGGAAAGUGACCGGUAGCAAACAGAUUGACUAUUUAUAUUGAGCGGGUUGCCAGGGCACUCCUGGUACCGUAACCACUGCAGUGCAGUGAUUAUUUUUUUUUAAAUGUUCUGUUAUUUUUAGAAUUUGCAAUAAAUACAGUAAGCAGGAUGUCAGAGCCAGUAUUGCCUCUGCUCAAUAAUCUGUCUGUAAAGGCAAUACACAAACGUGAGCUCAACCCAGUAAACAGAAUCAAGUGGCAUUUCCUCCCCCCCCCCAUUAUCAAAAUGUGGCAUCUGCAGUAGUAUCUAUGUACAGAUAUAUAAUCUGUCUUAGUUAGCUAGAAUGUAGUUCUCUGGCUGUGGAUUGCUGGCAUAUCUUGCCAUGGUAUAGGCUCCUAGUUUCUUUAACCCCUUAAGGACACAUAACAUGUGUGACAUGUCAUGAUUCCCUUUUAUUCCAGAAGUUUGGUCCUUAAGGGGUUAAAAGAGUUCAAUUUAGGUAGUGAAGUAAAUAAAAUUUUGUUUUAACUCUGGGAUCAAUGAUGCAGAUCGUUAUUGCUCACUUACAAUAUGCUUAACCAACUUUAAAGUAUUUAGACCGUUUUUACUUGUCUCUCAAUCAUAUUAUGUUAUAAUAACUGCACUAUUCUAUUGUACUUUUCUUCUAUUCUAUUUAUACGCUUGGUAUAUCAUGUGCAACCUUUACUUGUGCUAAAUUUAAAUUAAUGAACUACUUCUCUCCAUUAGCGGAUCACGCUGGAAGACCUUAUGGAAGAAAUCAAAAGUUUGAGGGCGAUUGUCGAGUCUCAAGACAAACGGAUCUCGAAUCUAGAAAACCAACUGCAUGCACUUUCCAAUGGCACAGCCUGA